GGCUGCUGCCCAGCCUUCCUCAUAGGCGACAUUCCCUCUGAAUGUAGAGGCUGAAGAUUGGGCGAGUCUUUCACAAUGCUCUUCUCGCCAUACCACCGAUUCUGAAAUGCACACACUGUUUCCAUGACACUGUUGACAUGAGGAGUGUGGAUUUAUGGCUGACACAAUAAUGUAAGCAGCUGGUAGUCUAUAAAAGUAUCCUAUUCCCCACUACUCCAUCCCUCAUAGAUUCCUUUUGGCAUUUGAAAUUGUUCCAGAGAAGCAUAUGGUGAUGGAAAUUAGGAUAAACACAGCUCCUUGAUCUCCUGCCUUUUUCUCUCCAAUUGCCAAUCUCAUGCCAGCACUUUUCUUGUUAUAACUUAGCUGGCUUUUGACAGGCCAUGCCAACUCCAAGGUUUCUCCAUCUACUGGCUGCAUCUUCCAUGUCAAGGCUGAGGGAAAUGGCACACAUUGCUGGUUUGUGGGUUGCGGAAGGGGGUCCAGAAAGGAGCAACCUAUGCUGGGUGUAUCGCUGCUGCAGCUUACCUUGCCUCAGAGUUGUCUCUGAUGCUGAAAUCGAUGGGAGCUCCACAAGAUAGCUAACCAUGGAUGACUGUAUCCUUGGACUGAUUGAUUGGUGAUGGCAAAGUUUAAACAGCAUGGCUGCAAGUUAAAGGCACGCUGUGGCAGCGGCUGUGACUGUUUUGGUUCUGGUGUAUUACUUACCCGGCUUUAUUUAUUUGAUGGUGGUGAUAUUGGUGGUGACUAGUUUGGUUCAGGGCACAGGGCACAAUUGUUGUUAAGGCUCUUUUGGUUUUGAUGUGUUACUGAAUAGGGCACAAUUUAUCAUGUUUGUUAAUGCUCUUUUGCUUCUGGUGUGUUACUGCAAUACAGUGGUACCUCGGGUUACAUACGCUUCAGGAUACAGACUCCACUAACCCAGAAAUAGUAGCUUGGGUUAAGAACUUUGCUUCAGGAUGAGAACAGAAAUCGUGCGGAGGUGGCACGGCAGCAGCAGGAGGCCCCAUUAGCUAAAGUGGUGCUUCAGGUUAAGAACAGUUUCAGGUUAAGAACAGACCUCCGGAACUAAUUAAGUACAUAACCAGUACUGUACUGUACAGUAAAAUACUGUAGAGAAAAACUUCUUUCAUUCUUAAAUUAGCUUACUAGUAAUGAGUGGUUAACUUUUGAUAAUUCAGCAGCUAACUAAUCUUGCAGUUCCUCCCAGGACCUGAAUAAGCAGCUUAUGCUGAUAUUGUGCAGUUUUAAAUUUUUAAGAUAAUUGAUCAACCAAAGUAGCUUAUCACUUGACAGCCACAAUUGCAUGUGAACUUCAGUGCAGAACUGCACAUAUUAUGUAAACGUACUUCCUCAUUCUGACAUAAAUGUAGCGUGGAGGAGACAUCAGUCAGUGGGGCAGUGGAGUGGGGUGGGCUCUUAAUCCACUCUGUACCCUAGAUUUCCCCCUUGUUGAAUGCCCUCCUUGUCUGUUUCCCACCCCAAUUCCUUGUUUCUGGGGUCCUAUUUCUAGUCUUGUGAGCCUAACAGAGAAUUUUUUGGAGGGUGAGAGGUAGCUUGUAGGAAAGUAUGGGAAGAGUAAAUCACCCAUCCCUGCUGCCAGUCUUCCCUGCAGCAGCCCCCCAACCCCUUGUUAGCCCUGAAAACCUGGGCAUGCCUGCUUCAUAUGAAGUUCUGUCCUGAAUCAUUUGUAGUUGACACUUCUGAGAAUGUGAUUUGUGUAGCUUAUCAAUAUUAUUAAUGUAAAACAGUGGAGAGAAAGUGGGGGGGGGGGGGGAGAGAAGCGAUUGGGAGUUUGAUUCAAAGUUUUUCUUUGCUCAUAACCGGUUGCCCUCAGGCCAUUUGUGGUUUAUGUGCCAGAAAAGAUUUGAGUGUAUGAAACUGCUACCUUCUCCUACAAAAGCAUUAAAAAAAUGCCACAAGGGAAAUUUGAGGGCUUGCACCUUUUGAAAGCAACUAUGUUUUACUAGCAAAGGAAUUUGCCUUCCAAGAGAUUUUUGCCCUUAUACUUCAGAGCCAAGCUGGAAUCAUCAGAGCCCCCCCUCCCUCUGUGUGUGUGUUAGAAGUGAUGAUUAUAGAUAAGCCAGUGUUUGUUCUUUGCAACUUUUGCAUGUACAGGAUUCUACACACACAGAGAGAAAUCUGAUUUGGGAAUCUGACUAUAUGCCAGUUUGCAGGGGUGGAAAGAAAAUGUUUUCAAUUCUUCCACACCAGCAGGAAAUUCUGAUGAGCCAGCAAGUGCCUAUAUCAAAUAUAUAACGUUAAUUCCAGUAACUGUUACAACAGAAGAAAGUGGCGAUUUGGAACUCUUUCCUUGUACAGAUUAGAUGCCUCACUUUGAUUAUACAUCACUCGAUCACUCCAUAUUUGGGCCUGGUCGCCACAUGUAGCAGAAUGAGUUGCAAGAGACCUGAAGCGGUAGAAUGGACUGUCCAUUCAACUGCCACAUAUUACUGAGCAAGCAAACACAGAAACCUCCCUGCGAGUAGAAAACCAGCAGAGCAAGGAGAUAGCUGGACUGUGUUUGCUAUUUACUUUCAGGGAUUAUAUAUAUAUAUAUAUAUAUAUAUAUAUAUAUAUAUAUAUAGUAGCAAUCUGCUUACCUGCAGUUGGACUGAAUACAUAGUCCACUCUCUUGCCUCGGGUUUCUGCCUUCUCAUUCGAUUACCUCGGGAGGUAAGCAACAGCUGAAUGUGUGAACUGGCUCCAUUGUGCAUGCUGUUAAGAGCUGGGACGGCCAAUUCACAUCCAAUGAGGGUGGUGUAUGGCUAGAGGUUUCUCAGCAGCAUUCUGGAGAGAGAGCGGCAGCUAAUCACCUCAAUUUAUACUGAUCUUUGCUGUAAAUUUACUGAAUCAGGUUGAUUUUCCCAGAGCUUUUAUCCUGGAGGGGAAAAAGAAUGUGUUCGUCAUAAUCCAGAGGUGGGCAAACUUGUCCAGCUUUGGAGGCUGCAUUCUCUUCUGGGCAAACUUCCAAGGGCCACAUGACAGUGGCUGGCGGGGUCAGAGGCAAAAGAGGGUGGAGCAAUGGAUGUAAAUGACCUUUGUACAGGAGGCUCGUUUCUGGACACACUCACACAAAUCUCUCUCUCACCCAUCCAGGCAAUGAGGAGCCGCCCAAGGAGACAUUGCAGCCAGGGCAAAAACUCGCAGGGUGUGACGCAUGGCCAGGGUGGGGUUUGGCCUGGGAAUAGUUCCAAGGACCAGGGAGAGGAACUUGGAGGGUUGGGGUUCCUCAUCGAUGAUUUAAUGCAGUAAAGGUGCUUCUAGAUUGGCUUCACCAUUCAGCACAUGUGAACAUUGACCUCCUCCUCUGGCCGGAGUAAAAAACCAAAAAGAUUAUUCUUUCCCCCUCAGCACCCUUCCUUCCUGUCCCAUGUUACUGUCAUAAGAGCAUGGAUCUAUCUUGUCCAGCAUCCUGUUCUCACAGGGGCCAACCAGAGGAACCACAGAAUCAAAGAAUUUUAGACUUGGAAGGGACCCCAGGGGUCAUCUAGACCGACCCCUGCAAUGUAGGAAUCUCAGCUAAAGCAUCCAUGACAGGUUCCCAUCCAACCUCUGCUUACAAACCUCCAAAGGAGAGUCUACAACCUCCCCUGGGAGACUGUGUCACUGUCUAACAGCUCUUACUGUCAGAAAGUUAUUCCUGAUGUUUAGUCAGAAUCUCCUUUUUUGUAACUUGAAGCCAUUGGUUUCAAUCCUACCCUCCAGAGCAAGAAAAAAUUAAGCUUAUUCACUGUUCCAUGGGACAGCCUUUGAGAUAUUGGAAGGUGGCUAUCAUAACUCCUCUCAGUCUCCUCCUGUCCAGGAUAAACAUACCCAGCUCCUUCAACUCUUCCUUAUCAGGCUUGCUUUCCAUACCUUUGAACAUCUUGGUUCCCCUCUUCUGUACAUGUUCCAGCUUGUCAACAUGAUCCGUCUAAAAUUGUAGUGUCCAGAAUUGGAUGCAGUACUCCAGGUGUGAUCUGAUCAAGGCACAAUACAACAGGACUACUACUUGAUGCAGCCUAGAAUAGCACUGACAUUUUGGAGGAUGAAAUUAAUGGACUAUGCAGAACUAGAUAAACUAACAGGAAGGAUUCGAAAUCUGCGGGACCAGAAAUUCACAGAAGACUGGUGUAAAUUUACAGACUAUUUGAAAAGUAAAUGUGAUGAUCAGACUACAUUUGUAGGUUUGGAAGAAGUUUUGUGAGGGGAAUUAUUGGAACUAUUGCAAAAAUGGAUAAAGGGGAGGAUGGUUAGUUAUGAUAAUUAAAGGCAAUAUGAAUUUAAGAAAUGCACAAGAAGUGGUUAAAACGGUGGAUCAUCAGAGGUGCUGAUGGAAGUCCAAAAAAAGAUUGUAUAAGUGGUGAAGUUUUGUGGUAUGUAUUAUAAUUUAUAUGUUAAAAUUAAUAAAAAUUAUUAUAUAAAAAAAUAGCAUUGACAUUUUUUGCUGCUGUAUCACACUGUUGACACAUUUUAAGCUUUUGGUUCACCAAGACCCCUAGAUCCUUUUCACAUGUACUGCUAGUAAGCGAGGUGUCCCCCGCCUUAUAAGUGCAUCUGGUUCUUCCUACCUAAGUGCAGAACCUUACAUUUGUCCCCCUGUAAUUUGUUUCAACUGGUGUUCAGAGUCAUAAUGCCUCUCAGCAGAGAUGGUACAAGGCCACUGUGUCACUGAGUUGCGCUGGUACCCGGGGUCUGUAUCUAUGCUGCCCUGCAUAGGGCACAGACCAGAUCCUGCCCUCAAUCUUGCAAAUAUUUACAUUUCAUGAAAUCCCCAAGCAGUGUGAUAUUCUGCAUGCUAAGUUUCAUGUAAUGUGUGUCAUGUUCUCAACACAGUCGAAAGGAUUUUUAAGAAAUGAACUGCUGCUUGUAUUUCAGCUAUCCCACAAACAGUUCCACUGAAAGAGACUAGGGCGUCCCCUUCCAUUGCAGACUGUGCUCUCUCAUGUAGUUAUGUUGUUGCAGGUCUCCUCUAUUCUGUGACCAGUGAGAUGUUCCUGGGGUGCAGCGCUCACCCAGAUUUUGUUUCCAUUUGGAAACAGAGCCCUGGAUAUUUCUUGGCAGUUGUUUUUCCUUUCUAUACUUGGGUUUGCUUUCAGGUAUACAGGCUGAGCUUAGGCAAAGGUGCAGCCUAAGCCAGCCUUCCCAACCUGGCACCCACCAGAUGUUGCUGGACUACAACUCACAAAUCACCUGUGACCAUUGGCUGUGCUGGCUGGGGCUGUCUAGGCCCCGUUGUUCAUAGAAUCACUGGAUGAGAAGGUCCCCUGCAGGUUAUCCAGUCCACCCCACAACUUUUAGCUCACCAAGGAUCUCAAAGUAGCGCACAUGGAGGUGUAGCUCCCAAUCCUCACAUCAAAUCUGGCUGGGCUGAGAAGUGGUGAGGCUGGUGUGCCGGGGGCAACAAAAUAAGCUUCCUGGGCAAGUUGAGAUUUGAACCUGGCUCUCCCUGGUAAAAGUAAUACUCCAACCAUGACACCAUCCCAGAUUCCCAUACCUUGCUGUUUCCUUUCCAAGGAAUGUAGGCAUUUUUGCCGCAUCCUCCAUAAUUGAUAAGCUCCAAGCUCUGAAAAGCAAGGGAUGGAAUCUGCACAUCUUGUGGUGUCAAAAGAGAGUCUGGCCAGGGAGGGGGAGCGGGCAGGGGAGAGCUUUCACAACAAAGGCAAUAUUUCCUGCCUCCGCCGAUGUGCCUGGGAGAACAGCGAGAACACACUGCCAGCUUUUGACAAACGUCCCUUCUGCCGAGUGUCCGUGCUCCUGCAGCAAAAUCAACAUUUGGCAUUAGCAUAUGUGAAAAUAAAUGGACUGGGGGUUUUUAAAAAAAGAAAAAAAAGUAUUAUCUUGUUUGCAGCAUUUUUUUUUUCAUAGAGAAAAGGGCUGCAAUGGUUUUGGCUGUCGUAGAAUUCCAAAAAUUAAUAUUUUCUCGCAAUGCAUUUUGCCAGCAUGGAGUAGAGGUUGGACAACCAUUGGUUGCCAAAUACCAGCGGUGGAUGGAGCUAGCCAGCCCAACCCCCUCCACAAUGACUUUAAAAUGUGAUGGGUGGGUGGGUGUGAACCCCUUGUGCCUAGGGGUAGGCCCCCCUGAUCUAGGGGCUGAUAUGGCAACCACAAGCCAGCUUGGAUCAUUAUGGGGCCGAUCCAUAUCUGGCCCCAAACAGAACUGCCCCAUGUUUAAUGAGGGCUUUAAACCCCAAUUAAACAUGCAGUGAGGAGAGGAGGGAGGAGGAUAGGAUAGAGAGGUCUCUGUGAGUGUGUGUAGAGACGAGUCUACUGGACAAAGGGUACAUUUGCAUUCCCUGGUCUGCCCACUUUUGCCUCUGGCCCCACAAAGCAGUGGCAUGUGGCCUCUGGGAGGUUGCCCAGGAGGGACUGUGGCCCUUGGGCUGAACAAGAUUCCCCCACGUCAGACAUCAGCAGUCCUGAGCCGGAGGGACCAGGGACUCCGCAGAAGGCAGCUUUCUAUGUUCCCUAUUUCCUGUAUCAAAGUUGUUUUACGGUGAAGAUGGUUCAUACAAUGAUGGAUUGGAUGUUGUCCCUGCAUGCCUGGACCAGUCCAAGGGAGACAAUGCCGUCUGUGCUCAGGAGAUUUAUGUGAUGCAAUUGAAUCUCUGGGAGUAAUUUUUGUCUUCUUAAGGCAGCCUUGAGAAGUGAGGAUUCAGAUCUGGUGUGUGUGUGUGUGUGUGUGUGUGUGUGUGUGUGUGUGUGACUCCUCCAAACCCACCUCCUCUGCAACUACAACAAGAACGUUACUUUGGGAAAGUCUGCCAUGGAUUGCCUGUGUGACAACUACUUAGGGACAAAGGUACAGCUAGACAGGCCACAAUAGAAAAGUUUGGGGUAAAGAGAAAAUGAGGAGUGACAGAAAGCAUAGCCAGGACAGGGCAGACCAUCAGAGUGGCAUGGAGGCCAACAGUAGGUGGAGCCAGAGCCAGGUGGAGCCACUAGGAAUUUGAAUUUUGUCCCAUCCACCCAGAGGCAUACCUAGGCUCCCUUGCGCCCUUGUCAAAGAGCUGUUUCAGCACACACACACACACAUGUCCAACAAGCAGAUUUUGGCCACCCAGAGCAGCAGAUGUUGGCCACACACCCAGGGAGUGUGCAGGUGGGUGGACAGGCUCCUAGCCACUCCAAGCCAGAGUGGAGAGGUGCGAAUAUUUGCACCCUUCUGGGCCUGCACCCUUGGCAGUGUAGCAAAAAUGAACGUUUGAGGCUGAAGGAAAUCUUCAUAUGGCAGUGAGAAAACCAAGGGUGCUUAUUGCUAGCAAUAAUGGCUCAGUGGGAUCACUCUCCAAAAGCUGAGCAAAGCCACAGAAGGGUGGGGCCUUCCUAGUAUGCAUAGCUGCUAUCUAUUAAAGGAAUACACAUGCAUAAACUUCCUUCAAUCUAAAGUUACAACACAAAACUAAUUAUACCAUGUAUGGUCUUUCCUUCAUUACCUAUUCAUUGAGCAAGCGAACAAAGAACUCUCUCUAAGCCUCCCCCCACCCUGCACGUGAUCUCUUUGCAUUCCUUUCUACCUGAGGGGUUAGGACAUUUGAAGGUACAUCUCAGAACAGCAAGGCAUGUCUCCUUUCAUAUGCAGAUGCUUAGGAAUGUGUUUACAACCUUGGGAGUAAAGCUGCUCCUAGCACAAGAUACGGCACAAGGCCUCUAGCCUGGCUAGUUAGCUGAGCUUAUAGGUCUCUAUGUGCCUCAGCAGGGGCCAACCUGCCCAAUCCUUAGGUACAUCCAGUGUUUGUUGGGGGGGGGACGCAGGGGGAUGCAUACCCCUAAACACUUUGGGAAUCUAAGUUUAGCCUCAUUGAGGGGCAGUAUUUCAAUAUGAGUAGGAAAAUGAGAGUACCCCUAAACAUUUUUUAGGGGGAAAGCACUGGGUACAUUCCUGCACCCACUUCCUUGGUGAGUUCUGCUACCUGAGGAAGACAAUGCUGACAGGCUGGCUGGAGGGCAGCCUGAGGGUUGGUGGUAGGACAGUGUUGUAUUUGUUCUAAUGGACCAGCCUCCGCUGCCCUAAUGGCCCCCUUCCCUGCUGCCAAGGGGCCUGGGAGGACUGGGGGGGGGGAGGAUGGUCAGUGGGUGAUUAACCAUUUCCUUGCCAGUCAUUUGCCCCUGAAACAGCCUCCUUUGGACUGCGCUCAAGCCUUUGCUGCCAUUACGGCAGCAGCCAGCAAUGCAUUCCAUAGAGGCUGGAUCUGCCUCAAGCAGUCAGGGAAGGAUCACCAGACACCUACAAGCACCCUUUGGGACAAUGGCCACCUUCAUGUAUCCCCCCUCCCCUGUAAUAAUGGGUGUUUGCACAGGGAAAUGAAAGAGCAUGUAGCAAAAGCAAGAAAAACACACAUGUCUUGGGAUAAUCCUGCAGGCAGCAUGACUGAGUCCGUAGGAAGGUUUUGGUGGGAAUGAAGAUGCCGAAGAGCCUCAACUGUUAUAAGCUGCUUUGUUGCGUGGGUGGGUGCAAUUUAAAGGGUGUAACAUAUUCUCAAUUCAGUGCUUUUGAUUUUACUUUUAUCUUCACAAAUACAGAAGCACAGGUGAAAGGAGAAAGAAAAACCUGCCUUUGCAAAAAGAACCACAACUACUUAAAACCUAUUAUUCACCCAACCCACAACAAUACCCCUACAGCAAACAAUACAUUAACAGCCACUCUCAAGUUUGUUUGCUUUCCCCCCCAGUAAACAAUUUAUUUUCUAUGCCCAAACCAAAAGAAUAAAUAAAGAAGUAUGCCUUUCUAAGGCUCAAAGUGGAAUUUCUUAUUUUCACACUUAUGAAAUAUUUAUUAAAGCAAGAAAAAACUUUCACUGUAAUCUUAAGUUUCGGGCUGUUAUGUAAAGUUCUAAGUUUUUCAAAUGUAGCUCUACAAACAGAGACCCACAAAUGGGGGGGGGGGCAAUUGGAGCAUCUACUCAUUUUGUUUUGUUACAAUUCUACCUCCUUUAAAAAGAAAACCCUAUAAAGGAAACCCAUUCAUCUCUGAACAUAAAAAUGUAACUUAUAGAUCAUCCAGUGAAGCUGAAUACUGGAAGAUUCAAGACAGAUAAAAGAAAGUCCUUCGUGUCGUGCCAAGUUAAACUAUAGAACUUGCUCCCCCAGGAGGCAAUGUUGCCACCAGACUAGAUGACUUGAAAAGAGGAUCCUUGUUGGCAUCCUCUGUCUCGGAGACAGUAGAAGAGUGUGCCUUUGGGGGUGAAGUCAAACUGUUGGAGGGUUAAGGCACCUGCUGUGUCUGUAGAGACUGAUACGGGAGAGACAUGUUUUGUUGCAGCUGGGGCGGAUGAAGGUGUCCAGCUGUGCUGAUGCUGAUGCACCAGAACGUUUCUUCUCUCUGUGCUCCUCCCAGCAGUCCUAUCUUUUCUGGUAACUGCUCCGGGUGCAGGAGCAGACUGUGUCCAGGCACUGCUGUCAUCUUGCAAGGGAUUCCCAAUGGCAGGGUUGAUGUUGCCAGCCUUCACGUCACGUUUUGCAGGCAUCCAGCUUGGGAACAGGAAAAAGAGCGGUCAGAGGGUGUGCCUCAUCCCACAACCAGACCUCACAUUUGGACCAGGUUUUUGGGAGACUGGUUAAGGUGCAGCAACUGGAAAAUAUCACAGACCUUUACCCACCCACUGACUAAGUUCGUACACAAAGUACAUAUAGAGUUUUAUUUUUUUAUUUUUUUCCAGAUCUUUAUUGAAUUUUUAGUUCCAUACUGUACAUACACAUACAUUAUAUUUCACAUUUGUUCUUGCUCUCCCGAGCUGACUUCCCUCCUUCCUUCUUCUGGCUUUCUUGUGUCCUCUUUGACUUUUCAUAUUAUCUUUGUCCAUUUUCCACAAGAUUGUUCUUCUUCAUUUUUUCCAUUAAAUGUCCGUAAACAAAUAAAUCUUUCUAUAUAUACAAAUUCUUGCUGUCUAUAUUCAUUUACAAAUAUUGUUCAAUAAUAAUCCUAAUAUACAUUUUUAAUUCAUUUUGAUAUUAUUAUCCAGUAAAUUUCUUGUAUUUCCCGUUAUGAGAUAUUAUUUUAAUUCUACUGGUUUCCCUAUUUCACAUCAUCUUCUCUAUAUAUAACAUAAAUUUUCCCCAUUCUUUUUGAUAUGUUUCAUUCCUCUGAUGUUGAAUUUUUGCUGUUAAUUUGGCUAUUUCUGCGUACUCCAUAACCUUGUACUGCCAUUCUUCUAUUGUAGGCAAUUUUUGCUGUUUCCAUACCUGCGCCAGCAAUAACCUCGCCGCUGUUGUUGUGUAUAAGAACAGUUUCUGGUCAUUCUUGUCAAUGUCUUCUCCCACCAUUCCCAACAGGAAUGACUCUGUUUUUUUCAAAAACGUAUACUUUAAAAUCUUCUUUAAUUCAUUAUAUAUAUUUUCCCAAUACAUUUUCAUUAUGUCACAAGUCCACCACAUGUGGAAGAAACUGCCUUCUUUCACCCCACACUUCCAACAAUUUUUAUUUCCUGUUUUAUACAUCUUUGACAAUUUAAUUGGCGUGAGGUACCAUCUGUACAUCAUUUUUAACAGAUUUUCUUUUAACAAUGUACAUGCUGUAAAUUUUAGGCCAGUAUUCCAUAAUUUUAUCCACUUUCCAUACUCAAUGUUGUGACCUACAUCUAUUGCCCACUUAAUCAUGACACUUUUGAUUUCUUCAUCUUUUGUGUGCCAUUCUAAUAAAUACUCAUAGACCUUAGACAGUGCUUUUUUGUUAUUUUGUAGUACUGCAGUUUCUAAUAUUGAUUUUGUUUGUUCAAACCCUCUUGUUUUCUUAUCCUUUGAGAAGAUAUCACCCAUUUGACAUAUAGAGUUUUAAUUCUUUGCUACCUAUUACACAAUCUCUUGGAAGAUUUACCUGCCUAUAUUCUAGAAAGCAAUUCAGGGCAAGUUUAAUAUUUUCAGGCAAUCAUGGUCCAGGCUUCAGGUUAGCAUGAGGUGUUUUGUUUUGGGUUUAAAAAAUAAAUAAAUCUGCUGCUCAUCCUCUCUACACUUUUCUUGUACAGCUCUACCAUCUCUGCCCAUACAUUUUGGAGUGCUGUUUCUGCUAUCAUGCAGUGGCCCAGUUACAGUAGGUGAUUUUAGAUCUGGACUUAAUGGUCUUAUGCUUCACCCGCUUCCGCUUUUGAUAGUACUGAGUAAUUAUUUCGCUUACUUCAAGCCUUGCAGCAUUUGGGGGCCCUCCUGCUCAUUCCGCUAAGCAGGGUCCUGGAUUCCUGCCUCAGAGUCCUGCCCUGAGGACCCCAUUACACCCAGGAGGACUAGCUACUUGCUUUAGGUGGGGGGGGGAGGCACAAACUCUUCAGCUGGCAUUUUGGUAUCACUCAGAUUUGGCUGAUCUACUGAGAAGUCAUAGGAAGACUUGGCCUGGUAUCACUCGCUGAUGAUCUCUAAUGUGCUGAAUGUAAAUUAUGGGCGGGUUGCCGUGCCACAUCCAGAAGGAGAGAGCAUGAGGCUGGCUAACACGGGUCUGACCUAGUUUGCAUUCUCUGUCCACCCUCCACUCUGUUAAGGGCUGCUCCUUCUGCUCUGUUUCCCAAGAGGCUUUCUCAAUUUUCUUGCAUGAUGUGGUUGGUGGAAAGGCGGGACUGUUGGACUCUAAAAGAGUACAGACUAUCUGGCUGUGGCUUGUUUGCCUGGGAACGGUGCUCUGUGGGGCUUCCUUUCUCUCUUGCAGCCUUUCCCUCCAAUUUCUUAGCAGGCGCCUCUUUAAGAAACUGAAAUGGGAUGGGGCGGGGGAAGAGAGAAGACAGCCAAAUGGGUGAUGAAGCUUCGUGACAUAACAGGAAAGGACAGAAUAGGUCACGCCACAACUCAUUACGUGCGUUCGGCAUGUCCCAGGGCAAGCGGGGACUAAAAAUAGCAUUUGCCGCUCCAUAUUUAGUUGGGGAAAGAAAGGAAUCAAGUGAAUUUUAGAAACACAUUGCGUUUGUGUGGGUUGGGAAGAGGGAGGUGGCAUCGUGGGAAAGAGGGAAGGAGGGCAGGCAGUGCAGACUUGGGAUGGAGUCAGUGUGACAGGUCUGCUCUUGUGGCCUAUAACCCCAGGGUUAUGGUCCCAGAGCCCUAAAGCGUUUGGACACAGAGACAGCAUUUUAAUGAUCAAGAGGCACUGGGCCAGAGAGUUUUUCCUCCUUGUCUUAGUCAAACAAGCAGACAAUAACCUAUGUUUCCAGGAUCUAGCUACAUACAAGAGUUCCCAAUGUUCUGUCACGCUCCCAUGUGACCAAGAAACGAAAAGCAGGGAAGAAGGGGGUAGAUAAGAAACAAUGCUUGAUUCUGAUCAGCUGAUUUCAGCAGUGGCUGGAAACCUGGGGUUGUAUCUCAACCCCAGCAGGGCAUCUCUUCACUCACCCAGCUUCCAUGCCACAGCAAGCCACAGGGAAGACUUUACCAUGAGCAGAGACGGUUUUAGGGUAGCACAACUGGUGUGGCUGCACUGGGCACACACUGCAGGGGAUGUUAAAGCAAUGCUAUAGCAAUGGAGCAUGAGAGGUGGGGGACAUAAAAUUUUAGCAUUGCACAGGGCGCUGCUGAAAUUUGAGAGCUCAAAGUCUGUCACGGCCGUAAGCGCACCUGUCAGGGCUGUUUUGGUCAAACCAGCAUUGCAUCUGAACCCAGGAUUGUGGUUCAUUUCACUCUAACAAACCAUGAUCAGUAAGCCAAGAAGAAACCUUGGCUACAGAUAGUGGCUGGUUGGGAGCAAAACAAAUGACAAUCCUUGGCUGUGAGACAUAAUAUCAAGUCAGCAAUCAUGUUUCCUCUGUGUGCCAUUUUAGACCAUUCCCUGGGAGGAGAAUGGUGUCCCCCAGUGAGAGUUGCCAUUUUUUUUCUCCAGAAUGCUCCAGAGCAACAGAAAAGUGCUUUCUCUCUCUACUAAGAGCCAUCCAAUGAGGCUGACUGUUGGAAGACCCAGGAAAGAUAGAGGUUAGUAGUUUGCCCCACAAUGCCUAGUCAGUGAUGGAAAUCACUCAUGCAAUCAUACCUAUCCAAAACUUGGAUAACUUCAAAAACAGGUUGGACAAAUUCAUGGUCAAUAAGUUUAUCAGUGACCACUAGCUAUGCUGGCUGUAUCCCACCUCCCUGGUCUGAGGCCUCUGAAUGCCAGUUGCUGAAGAAUCGCAAGUGGGGAGACUGAUCUUGCCCUCCGUUGUGGGCUUCCCACAAGCAUCUGGCUGGCCACUGUGAGGACAGGAUGCUGGACUCGAUGGGCCUGAUCCAGCAGGGCUCUUUUUAUGUUCUUAAUAUCUGUGGCAUUCUGGGAAAAGAAGACAGUGGCUUAUGGGAGGGAGGGAGCCACCAAAAUACAGUGGUACCUCGGGUUACAUACGCUUCAGGUUACAUACGCUUCAGGUUACAGACUCCACUAACCCAGAAAUAGUACCUCGGGUUAGGUAGUGCUUCAGGAUGAGAACCGAAAUCAUGCUCCGGCAGCGCAGUGGCAGCAGGAGGCCCCAUUAGCUAAAGUGGUGCCUCAGGUUAAGAACAGUUUCAGGUUUACCCCAGUCAAGCUUGCAAAAAUCUACCAUGUGCCCGAUAAUAAAUGUUGGAAAUGUAAAGAAACUGAAGGUACAUUCUUUCACCUUUGGUGGACGUGCUCAAGGAUUAAGGCUUUCUGGGAGAUGAUUUAUAAUGAACUAAAAAAGGUAUUUAAAUAUACCUUCUUGAAGAAACCAGAGGCCUUCCUCCUGGGCAUAUUCGGCCAAUCGGUGUUAAAGAAGGACAGAACUUUCUUUAUGUAUGCUACAACAGCAGCAAGAAUACUCAUUGCAAAGUAUUGGAAGACACAAGACUUACCCACACUGGAGGAAUGGCAGAUGAAAUUGAUGGAUUACAUGGAACUGGCGGAAAUGACUGGCAGAAUCCGAGACCAGGGAGAAGAGUCGGUGGAAGAAGAUUGGAAGAAAUUUAAAGACUAUUUACAGAAAUAUUGCAAAAUUAAUGAAUGUUAGAAUGAUGUUGGAUUGAAGUUAAGUGGUUUCUAGCUGUACUGGUAUAAAAGAAUAUGGAAAAAUUGGUUUUUAAUACGUAAAAAUUUAAUGUUAUAAUAUAUCAAGAUUAAAGAUCAGGAUUAAAAAGGAGGGAAAGGAAUUGCUGGAUUAACAAAUUGAAUUGGAAUACAAAAGAGGGAGGUAUGAGGAGGUCCGGGAAACAAGUAAACGUAAGAGAAGUGAUGAAAAGAUGGAAUUGUUUUUAACUGUUUUUUCUUUCUUGUACUUUGUAUUUUUCUUUUUUUAUUGUUAUUUUUCUUAUUAAUGUAAUCUUUUUCUUUUGAAAUUCUAAUAAAUAUCAUUUAAAAAAAAAAAGAACAGUUUCAGGUUAAGAACUCCGGAAUGAAUUAAGUACUUAACCUGAGGUACCACUGUAAGCAUUACUGCUGCCGCCACAUAAAACCAUAACAACAAAGAAAGGGGGAAAUGGAACUGAACAUGAACAAAUAAAUGCUGAAACAAAUGUGCUUUUAAUGGCUGAAUAAUGAAAUGAGUGAAGUUUUUAAUAAUGGAAACAAAUGGACUUACAAAAUAGAGGGGGAAACUGUACACCCCUAAGAAUCAUGAUGUAUUCUUGUUUAACUGUAAGCAGCACAUUAGCAUAAUUUGAUAACUGUCUGCUUUUUAUUUUGUAUUAAAGAUCUCCCAGACUUGCCUGCAUCUCACAGUUUUGCAAGUUUUGUGGGGAAGUGUGUCUGUGCAUGCACACAAUGACAACAGCCAAUGCUAACUCUUCAAAAAGCCAGCAAAUAUUUACAGAGAUGCCGUGUGGGCGGGAGUCAGGCUGGGGAAGAUGAGGAGAGACAAGCAGCAAAUCUUUUCCACAGGCUGUUGUGUUGGCAGAACUUGGCAUCUCCAGUCUCUCUGGUGGCUUUUUUUUCAUGGGAACUCCGAAGAAGCAGGAUAAGCCCUGCCUCUGUUUCUCAGGCUUUUUUCUAGAGCUUUUGCUCUUAAGCUGCCUUCAGCCCCAUGGCCUCCAUGGCCAAAUUUUCAGGGGUGGAGGGAGUUAGAGUCGCAGCAACAUCUGUAGGACACUAAGUUGGGGGAGGCUGGUUUCAAGCUUGGGAUGGAGGCUAUGUGUAGUGUAUUUCUUUACAUUUCCUAAUCAAUAGAUAAAACCUUUCUUAUUCUCAGCUGUGUCCCUCCAGGUUGUUUGUAAGCAAAUUAACCUAAUUUCUGAUGGUCACACCUAGUGAAUUAUACUACUAUAUAUUAUUAAUUUACUACACUAUUCAGGAAUAAUUAAUAAUUAUUGUAUAUUGUUGUCUAAUUAAUUAAUUGCAUUCAUAUCCUGAAUUACCUUCAAAGAGAUCAAGGUAGCAUUCAUGGAAAUAUAAAGUUUUCAUCCUCAGAACGACCCCUGUGAAAUGGUUUGGAAAAUGGUGAUUGACUUCUUGGAUGAGCAGUGUGUGUGUUUGUGUGUGUGUGCAUGCACAUGUGCAGAGGACUGCUCCAAGUCUCCCUUUCUUCCAUUGUGUUCUCUAUGUGACAGCCCAAUCUGAGAUGGUGACAAGGGCUUACUGUGGGGUUUCCUAUGUAAGACCCUUUUGAUACUGUGGAGCGAGAUACACUCCUGGAGCAGGAUAGGAUGGUAGAAUGAACUGUACCACUUCAAGAAAAGGCACAUUUUUUUAAUCUUCCUCAUUCUUUGCAAAGAAAGCAAGUGAGAGAGAAAUAAAUCUCUCAGCCCCACAUUAUUCUGCUGCAUAUAUAGAUAUGACCCAAGUCAAAGAGUGUACAUGUAGUAAACCAGAAUACCCCUUGUUUGGAUGAGAUCUCAACUUGGGGCAAGAGAACUUACCUAGGCACAUGAUAUCUUGCCUUUCUUAGAAUCAUAGAGUUGGAAGAGACCACAAGGGCCAUCGAGUCCAACCCCCUGCCAAGCAGGAAACACCAUCAGAGCACUCCUGACAUAUGGUUGUCAAGCCUCUGCCUCAUUUGCACUAAACUCCUAUGCCUGCUGAAAAGCCUAUUUGUUUAUUUAUUAGAUUUGUGUUCCCCGCCCACAAAUGAAACUCAAAGCAAUUUCCAGGAUUUUGAGCCUUUGUUCUCCCAUGAAGAUCUUCAGCACAAAUACAACACCUCUUUAAAACUCCUUUCAGUUGGGUUUGACUGUCUGCCCGUCCCUGCAAGAGAAUCCAGUAGUGCUUGCUGUGAGGACGUCCUGUAAUUCUGAAACUGGUUUCAAUGUGUAGUGCAAAUAUACUGGUGUCUCCUCCAUCUGCAGCUAUUGGGAUUAGGAGCAAGGCCAGAAGCCCUGACCAUGUUGCUGAGUGCUCUAUGCUUCUUUCUCUUUGCAGACUCUCUUCCAGAGCCCCGAUGAAGGCUGGCAGGUCUACACUUCCGCUCAGGCCCCCGACGGCAAAUGUCUGUGCACGGCUGUCAUCCCUGUCCAGGGCACAUGCUCCAGGGACCUGCGCAGCCGACAACUACGGCAGCUGAUGGAAAAAGUAAGUGAUGUAUUUUUAAUUUGGGGUGCUGGUGGGGACUGCUCUAGACCAAUUGCAGAUGCUGAUUGGGAUGGAGGAAUAGAUCCAGCUGUUUCUGCAGCAUGUCACUUUUGCAGGUGUUCAUUCAUCAGUCUUUUCUGUCCCAUUCCCUUAAUUUUUUGGUAAAGUUUUUUAAAAAUUCAUUCUAUAAUGUAUUAAAAACAGAUAUUUAAACAAAAAAUUAUAACAACAGGUGAAAAUUAAAAGAUGGAAAACAAAACUGCAAAAUAGGCACAUAGAAUUAAUACAGUUGCACUUGGGUUAAAAAAAAACCCAAAGUCCAAGUAAUGACUAUCAACAUCACCAGAUUAUCAAGUCUAGUUCCAGAUUUGCCAAGCUUGUGACAUGGGUCCAUCUUGAAAAUGAUGGUUCUGCUAUAUAUUUCAUAAAAGAAUGCCAAAUCAUUUAAAAAGCAUCUUCAGGUUCUAGUCCUUAUCACAAAUUAUGUGUUAUUUUCUCCAUUAUAGCUAUAUUCCAGAGACAGUGGUACCAAGCGCACUGUGUAAGAUUUUGGGAUGCUUCCUAUUGAGUUGCAAUUCCUAUUCAUGCUGCCAAUAUCAUAUAUAAGACCAAGUAUUUUGAUUAUAUAUCUACAUUAAUCUAUGCUUUAAAAAAAUAAUAAUGAACAAACAAGUAAAUCCACAUUUACAUAAGAGGUUUUGAAAGCGUAUUUCAAAAAACCCCACUUAUUUCUCAAUGUAUUUUAUUUCAAAGGUGCAAGUUGAGCUGAGAACUGUAUCACAGAAUUUGGAGAAGUGUUAACUUUGAAGGAUAACUAUCUUCCAAAUUCCAGCCUCCACAGUAGUCCAGGAGGUGCAGCAGUUUGUAUAGGGGUUCACAAAUAUCAAAUUCCUCAAGCAGUGCCAACAGAUGCUGCAGGAAUUGUGCCCAUUUUGGUUGAGAAAGGAGCGAACACAGAACACUUCUCUUUUCCGAGGACAUUCACCACGAAGCUACCUACUGCUCCAACAGCGGAGGGAGACUAACACAGCCACCAUGGCUGUCAGCCACUAAUAGCUUGUUCUUCCUUCCUCUAAUCCUCAUUUAAAGCCAUCCCAAUUCAUGGCCAUUGUGAUAUCUUGCCGGAGCAAAUUCUAUAGUUUACCUACCCGCUGCGACAAGAAGUGCUUUGUUUUGUCUUUGUUUUGUCUCCCAACAGUCAGCAUCAUUGGAUACAGUGUAUUAAGCAAGAGGGAGCUGAGAAAGGGGGAGUCUCCCAAUCACACAUUUGGGUCCUCAGCCAAACCUUUCAGCCUGGUUGGGGUUCAUUUCCAUUCUAUUGUAGGAUUCAUUCCAAAACAGAGCUUGAGGGGUCACAGCGUUGCCCUUUGUGCAUCAGAACGCAUAGACCGCUGUCCCAUUGCUAAAACAAGGAAGAAAGGGGUAAAUCUCAGGUUUGGGCUCUCGUUUAGGUACAAGGCCUGUUUCCUACCCCCCUCAAAACAACUUUUAAUUACUGCAUUUCCCCCACAGCCCUUUGCUCUUGCAACAUUUAAUUGGAAGCCGGAGACUUUGAUCCUUCUGUUAGCUGUGCUUUCUUCUCCAAGACAGCUCCGCUUCUUAGGAUUCCAGGGAGGAUGCAUGGAGGCUUCCUCUGUCUUACCUUCUUCUGCUUAAUGAGAUGCAAAUGGUGCCUUUAUUGCUCCACAUGGAGCCUCCACAUGGCAGGAUGAGCAGUAAAUCCCCCUCCUCCAGAUUAAUUGUGUUAAAAUCUUAUUACAAAGAGAAGACGGCUUCUUAUUGACUUCGCACGUGCAAAUAAAGUAUUUAUUAGCCAAAUAAGAAUCACAUCAAUUUACAAUUGCAAUUACUAGAAGCCCCCCACAAAGGAGUUGCAGGCGAAAAGAGUCUGCCAAGCUCAGCUUUCACAUGGCUUUUGAAAGCUUCAAAAUGGGGACAGGGAUGGGAAACAAGGGACCCACUUGGCACAUUUACAUGCUAGCUGUUGAUAAGAAACCUGGGAGUGAUUGUAUGUGUUUUAUAACGUAGGUUUCUAGCCCUCACAGUUUUUGGAAGAUGUCUUUGAGACAGUAGGGUGGGAUUUAAUAGACCUGCCCACAUUUGACACUGAGGAGAAGGUAGAAGAAAUGAAGCAUGAACUUAAGGAUUCAAGUUUAGAAGAGAAGCUGGUGGAACAGGUGUGGGGAGGAACAGAGGGAGGAUUGCAAGGACUGUAAAGUCCAUAUCCCUUGCUAAGUAUAUAUGGGAUGCAGUGCAAGCAGCGUUUGUGGUUGUGAGGCCCAUUGUAAAUUUGUCAAGAAAUCAAAUGAGGGAUGCAUACUAAAUGCAUUUAUUUUGUUUUAUUUUUGGUUGGAGAACUUCAUGCCAAAAUUCAGGGAAGUGCAAAUUUCAAAGGAUGGCUAUGUUUUGACUUGUAUCUUGAUUUGGAUAGUGCACAAUUGGUAGAUUUUCAUGAAAACAUCAACCAAACAGUUCCCCUCCCCUCCCUAAAUACAGCUCCCAGAAUCCCUGAUCAUUGCCCAUCUUAGCUGGUGAUGACAGACUUGGAGUGGAGUCGAACAACAUCUGGAUGGAACUGACGUGAUUGUGGUGGUGAUUUUGAUUUAUUACCUGCCCUUCUCCCUAAAGUUCCAGAGCAGGUUACAACCAUUCAAAAUGCAACUUAAUAAACAGUUUUUAAAACUUGCCGUUCCCCCCUCCAAAAAUCUCCACAAUUACUAAAAAUAGGGAGGGUCCUGAUAUAAAAGACGCUGUAAGACAGCUCAUAAGUUUGGACUGGGUCUAAACUAGGGGUGGUCUACAUGCCCCCACCCAAAAAAUACAUGGCCAUAUUUGGAAGUUUUUGGAAUGCACCAAAAUUCACCCCCUUACCAUUUAGGAAUGUGAUCAGCUCUUUCACAUUUUAUGUUUAAUUUGAAGUUUAUUGCUUUUGUAGACAAUGGCAAUCACUUCAAAAUAGUUCUGUUUCCAGAUGCAUGACAAGGAUACAGCAACAUUUUGGGAUGUGGGGGGUGGGGUGGGGAGAAUGCAGAGUGGCUGCAACAAAAGUAGCCAAAUAAACAUGCUGCAAAACAAUCCCUGGUAGGUCCAUUAACUCCAGGGUCUAUAAUUAUUUAGUGGCAUCACAGGUAUGCAGUUUAGUCCUGCUGGCUUCAUGACACGGAAAAGCUGUCUGUGGACAAACAGGCCCCCUCGGCCUGAAGCGAGAUGAGCCCCACACUCCAUAGUCACCUUUGACUGGACUUAACUGUCCAGGGGUCCUUCACCUUUUUGUACCUUUUAUCCUUUCGUAAAUCACUUAAAGGGUUUCCUUUUACAAUCAAGUGGUAUAUAAAUGCUAUGAAAUAAAGUUUUUCCUGCUUGCAUCCCCCCCUGCAUUUCCCCUUGUUUGCAAGAGUUGCCUCUUGUUGCACAGAUCUAGCUACUACUUACUCACCUUUCAGCAGCACAUACCCUCCAACAUUUCUCACUCCCCUGCAACUGACCCUCCUUGACCCACCAUUUUUGUCCUUUCCACACAAACACACACCAGCCACUGCAGAGCAUUUCCCUCAGAAGAAGGGAGAGCGCCACCACCACUUCACCAAUGGGACACAGCACACAUGGCAGCCACCAUCCUGAGAAAAUCCAUUAAUCCCUAUUCUAUUCUAUUCUCUGGCAGAUUUACAAAAGGAAAAACACACACCAAUAUGUAGAAAGGGGCAAGUAGAUCUUUGAUUUUGAAAAAUCAGGACUCCUUGUGCUCCACUCUGCUCGCCCUGGUGGCCCUGCCCUCUGCCAGCACAUCAAGCAGGGCUGGGCCUCAGCAGCCUCUCCUCCUCCUCGCCUGCUCCCCAGCAGCAGCUAUGAGCUGCCCAAGGGAGGAGGCCAGUGGGAGGGGCCCAGGAGAGGCAAUGGGGUGCUCCCCUGCAGCUGCAGCUGCUCAGGACAAGUGCCGGCUCCUCCUCAUCCCCAAACUUGGUGGUGGUGGUGGUGGUGGCCCUGGUGGGGGAAAUAGGGACAUUCCAGGAUCAAAUCAGAAGCCAGGGUAGCUUUUGCAAAUCUGGGACUGUUGCUGGACAAUAGGGGCACUUGGAGGGUAUGGCAGCAUUUGCUACUUGCUUCUUCUAUGGUCCAGUCGAGAUGGCAAAGCGGCAUAGCAAGAACCUGGCUAGGCAACCCCAGCAUAUGGGUCUUGCCUUGCAGCUCAGAAUGUGUUAACAUGACUGAAAGCACAGAACAGGCAACAGCUGGUCAGUGGAGUCUCCAAGUUUGUUUGCUCUCUCUGAGCUCCACAAGAGACACUUAAGCGGCCAUCAGUUGGCAGUGUUGCUUGGGGGUGCUCUGGGUCCCCUCCCCCUUAAUGGAGCUGAGAUUGGAAAGGAGCUCCAUUUCUCAGCAGAGGUUUGGCUUUAUGGUCUGCAUUUGCAGGUCAGGAUAUGAGACAAAUCACACUGAUCUAUUGGGUGCUAAGGGCACUAUUACUCUUGAGUCCUAUCGAUCAUUUGCACUGAAAAUUGCAACAGCCAAGAUGGUACAGUAAUACUGUCACCCAAUGGCUGGGAAUUUUAUGCAGGAAAACAAAAUGAAGAGCCUAUUUUUCGUAGAUCUGCACCAUAUAAACCUAAGUCUGCUUUAUACUUAUAACUGUUUUGCUGUCUCUGGCUCCCCCCAGACUGUAUUUUGGUGAGGGUGCUGCAAAUUAGACUGGCUUCCUUGCAGCACUACAGGUCUCUGUUGAAGCAUCUUGUGGUGUAGAUUUGCCUUUAGUGACAGCAUCCCACAAAUCAGGCUGCUGCAGUCACAGAAUCAGCCGCUACAAGGUGUGGAGAUGGUUACUAAUCUCUGUACGGUAUGAUGUGUCUGCUGUCUAUGCUUUGUGAACUUUCACUUCUUUCUGCAGGGGUAGAGAAGUCAAGUAUCAGGCUUUGGUUCCAAGACUCCUGUCUGCAAACCCUCCAACAUUUCUCUGAUGAAAAUAGGGAAGUCCCUUUUUAAAAAGAUAAUUUUACUAUUUAUACCUCACACAUCUUACUGGGUUGCCCCAGCCACUCCGGGCAGCUUCCAACCUAUAUGAAAACAUAAUAAAACAUUAAACAUUAAAAAACUUUCCUAUACAGAAUUGCCUUCAGACGGCUCAGGUGUCGGAUAACUCCAACGUUUCUCCAAGGAAAAUAGGGAUAUCCUAAGAAAAAGUGGAACAUUCCAGGAUCAAAUCAGAAACUGGGAUGGCUCCUCUAAAUCAGGGACGUCCCUGGAAUAUAGGGACACUUGGAGGGUCUGUGUCUGGCACUUCAGGAUGGUAAGUUAUAUUAGGGCUAUCUGCUGGUCUGGCACACCUACAGACUUGAUGGUUUUCCCUGAGUGUGCAGCUGUGCUAGCCUAGCUGAGCUGAUCCUCCCCAUGGCAGCAACUGAAGGCACAACUAGGACACGGCUGGCAGUGAAUUGCCCUGGUCCAGAAGUAAGAGAAGCAAGUAGAACACUGAAAAGUGCUUUUAAAAAAUCUCACUAAUCGCUCAAAAUAUAUUUUUAAUAUAUAAAGUAUAUAUUUUUUUUAAGCCCACCAUCAUCUCUUCCCUGAUUCCAUACCCCUGGACCUUCAUAUCUCUGGCCUGCUGAAAGCUUUUCUAUUCUAUCAGUAUUACAGAGGCAAUUAAGAAUACAUCUUUCAUAAUAGCUAGCUGAUCCCUGAUUUUAACAUUUUUAUGUGGUUUUAAUGGUAUGGUUUUAUGUAAACUGCUCUGAUGGUUUUUUUAAUGAAUGGUAUAUAACUAUUUUUAUAAAUAAAUAUAUAGCUGUACUGAGACAGACUCUUAAGUUCAACCCUCUUGUCAGGUUUCAGACUUCCAAAUGUUGGCAGCCCUGUGGCAUCAUGGGAAACUCUGCCUUGUGACAUCACUCAGCCUUUGUUUGAGUGUGCAUGUACACGCACACAUAUGAUAUACGUAAAAUAUUCUUGAGAAGGGGAGGGAAGCAGGGAGAAUGAGGCACCCCUCCCCAGCCGUCCCACCCACCCCACCUCUUUACCUCCCCCAAAGUUCUGAAUUGCAAGCAAGUGGCAAAGAGUGCAUUGCAAAAAUGCACUUUUGAAACAAUGACCUUUAGAUGCUCUGAGUGGAAAGCUCUUGCACUUGAUAUUUAUUUGUUUUAUCUCAGCCUUUUGUUGCAAAGGGUUCUGCAUUGCUGUUUCCAUUUCCACCUGGGAAGCCAAGGACAUCCUGCCUGGAUUGGGCAGCAAGGCCAGUGUGAGUCACAAACAAAUGCAUAAAUGAUCCUUUCUCCCCAACCCCCUCAUGCCGCAAAUGUAUUCUUUGCUCCUGCCAUUUAGAAACAUUUGAUAUUUAAUUAACUACUCCGGUGGGGAGGUUGUAGUUGAGGCAGGAAAAAGAGCUGUGGGCAGCCAUGAAUGCUGGAGGGACACUGAGGGAUCAGGAAAGAAGAGUAAUGGCACCCUGGAGAUUAUCGUCUCCUGGUGGGUUGAAAAAUUGGACUUCCUGCCCACAUACCACCUUACUUGCUGCUGCUGUUUCCUUGCCUGUAAAUUAUCAGAGUGGGCAAAUAGAUUUGGAGCCAGUUGAGAGCAGGGCCUACAGAGUUUUCAGAAAACAACACAUUCAGCAUCCUGAGUUCCAGCAAGCGACACUUCUAAUGAGGUUUGGUCUGACCUGCAGGUUUCCCUUUCCUUUUUAAUUGGACAGAGUGAAGAAAAGGCUUCAAAGGUCAAGGAUGGAAGGGCUCCUAGGGAUGGCAAAGUCAGAUGCAAACAGAAACUGGACAAGAGGAAUAACUUGACUCCAACUCCCAUCAGCCCUAGCCAGCAUGGUCAACUCUCAGGAAUGAUGGGGGUUGUAGUCCAGCUGCACCUGGCAGCUGAUAGGUUGCCCAGACCUGCUCUGUUUCUUUCUACAAUGUCUUGAGGGAGAAAUGAAAUACUUCCCACCAUCCUUUUGGGCAUGACUGUUUGCAGGCAUACCAUUUCCCCAGCACUGUUUAUAUUGCACAGGUAGAUGACAAACCUCUUUCAAAUGUGCCUAGAGAGGCCCUGCUGAGAGUCCCAGCUACAGCCAUGGCUUCAGUGACUUGUUGUAGGGCAGGGGUCAGCAAGGCUUACCAGGCAUGGGCCGGAUCAGUCCCACGCAGCACGACACCGGAAAUCAUGUCUGUGCGUGUCUGCGGUGCCGGAAAUCACUUCUGUGCAUGGCCAAAUGCCAGAAAUCACGCCUGCACUGAAGCAAUUUUCUGUAUCUGGACAUGCGCAGAAGCAAUUUCUAGAGCCCCCACACCAUGCCGGUUUAGCACAGUGGGCCGGUUAAACGUUGUAGGGCCUUCUCUGCAGUUUUGCAAAAAAAGCUCAACAACCUUUCUGUCCAGAUUUUUCAGUGUUUGAAAUAUGGCAGUCCUAACCAAAGGUACACUUGUCCCCUUUGCUGAUGCCUUUUCAACUUCUGCUGAGGGCAAACUUGUUCUGUCUGGCCUUUACGGAUUGAUGCAAUUGCUGGCCUGUUUUUUGUUUUGUGUUUUUGCUAGUGAAUCAAGGUCUGUGAGUUUGAGAAUUUUGUGGUUUUAAUGUUGCUUUUUAUAUUGCAUUUCUUGUGAUCCUUGUACACUGUAAUCUGGGUAUUUAGGUUAGCUAACUAUAGUUAGCUAACAGUUAGCUAACUAUUUAGGAAAAUACAUUCUGGGAGUGGUUUUUCUUUUCUUUUCAGGAUGGUGUUGUUAGAAUUAAUUUUCAUCCUUAACAGGGAAGGGUGUUAGUUCUUAUCCCCACAAGCACCUCUAGUUAUUUUGAUUCCAUUUUCAUAUGUUUUUAUUGAUCCAGAAAGAAUUGAGUUUAGAGUGGAGGCAUAGAAAGCAAGGAGACAUGGUGACUUCCAAAUAGCCAAUUCUUUGAGCUAUUUCGUGCCAACCCUCUCCCUCCCUCCCUGUUUUAUGAGAAACAUAGGAUUUGUCUUAAAUAUACCUAUUCCCCCCCCCCCCGACUAAAUUGCCUUUUAAAACCUUUUAUGGCUCACAAAGCCCUGGAUACGGCACAUUGGCUUUAUCCUGGCUUUUAUUGAUAGUUUUUAAUGCUGGUUGUAAUCUCAGCCUGAUUCCUAAUGUGUUAAACCAGACUCACAUCACAGUGUAUUGGAAGGCAGAAGGAGGGACAGCUGCAACUCCAAAGGACAGCUCCUCAGAAUUCUUGUGUGCAUGACAACUGCAGGGGAUGGGCCUAACUCAGGGAUAGUUGUAUGAAGUGUCCAAUUGGAGCUUGUUUGGCCAGCUCAUGCUCUAAGGCAGGGGUGGGCAACCUGUGUUCAUAGAAUCAUAGAGUUGGAAGAGACCACAAGGGCCAUCGAGUCCAACCCCCUGCCAAGCAGGAAACUCCAGGUGUUGCUGUACACCUGCUCCCAUCAGCGUCCAGCCAGCAUGUCCAAUAGUUAAGGAUCAUGGGCACAGCCUGCAGGAUCUCCCUCACACCUUGAUCUGAGGAAGGACCCUAUGUUUGUAGGGUCCUUUGCCAGACUGAGGCACUGGAGCAACUGGAGUGAAUGGCCUCAGAAAUCUCUGUGAGCGUGUCAUUGACCACUUUGCUAUAGUGACAGAUAUUUAAACAGUGUAUGCCACAGUAGUAGGCCAGUGGCAUGGAGAUUCUCCAGGGCCACCUCGCCUUACAAUGCCUUGAUCUAAGAAAGGAUCCUUCCCUGGAGGGAGACAUUGGGGUAGCAGAGAGCAGCCAGCACAUGGAUUGUCAGUGGAGGACCAAACAGCAGCAGUGGUUAGUCCUGUAGUGAGGCUGGGUAGGGAACACCAGUCACCACUUGUCCUGAUUCAUUGCCUGGAAUGAAUGUCUCAGCUUGCCCUAAUUGUGUGUGGUGGGGGAUGGAGGGGUCUGUAGGGUAGAUCUUGCAGCCUAAGCUCUUGGCUCUCCUGUGUGUCUACUGAGCUUUCUUGGGACUGUGGUCAUAGCAAGCAAAUGCAGUGGUUGCAGAUUAAUGCAGAAGCCUUUCAUGGACAUCUGAAUGUGGUUGGUCUUAAGGAAGGAAAUUGUAAGAGCAAGGAUUGUGAUCUUCCAUGCAGCAAAGCUGGGGAAACCAAGCCAGAUGGGCAGGGUAUGUAUGAACAAACAAACAAACAUUUAUUAUCACAAGUCUGCAAUGCCCCCGCCACAGAUUAUCAGUACCGGAGAGACCUCCUGUUUUUCUCAAAGAUUUUUCUGCCCUCUCCUCCCCCCUCCCCCACUGCCCCAAUGUUAGGUCCCUCUGGUAUUGCCUUUUCUUUUUCCCAUUUUUGUAUUUCAUCAUUUGUUUUAAACCUUUAGCACUUAGUUAGUUCAUAACUCUAAGAGAUCUCAGUUGAUUCAUUGCAUGAGUUUUAAUGGCCUCCAUCUGCAUUCAUUUGCCUAUGAAUAAAGCCAUUGUUCUAAAGGGGGGGGACAAGCUUUGUGCUUUAGAUUAUGUGCAUGUAUGUCACAGAAGGCACCAUCUCAGAAAAGUCACUGCCUCCUGAGAGAGAGAAAGGAUUGUCCGUAGCUUAGUGGAACAGCCUAUGCUUUGCCUGAAGAAGGUCCAUGUUCAGCCCCAGCAUCUCCAGGUAAGGGCUGGAAAAGAGCCUGCCUGAAACCUUGGAGGUCUACUGGCAGUCAGUGGAAAGUAGGCUUGGGGAGCCUUUGGUCCUGCAGAUGUUGCUGAACUACAACUUCCAUCAUCCCAGGUCAUUGGCCAUAACUGUGGGGGCUGAUGGGAGUUGUAAUCCAGGUACAUCUAUCUAAAGGGUCAAAGUCCCCCCCCCCCCGGUGUAGAGAAUACUAGACUAGGUGAGCUAGUGGUCAGACCUUGUAAAAGGCAACUUCUUCCCUUGUUCCUAAGGAGGAGAAAUGCCUCUUCUAAGAAGGUACAUUCUAAGAAGGUACUAAAUACUUAAAUUAAAGGUGGCAGAGUUUUUAAAAACCUGCUACCUGAUUAAUUGAAGCAUCUUUUUAAUUAGUCAAAAGACGAAUUAUACUAAGUGGUGUCUAGUCUUUAAGGUGCCACACGGAUUUCUUGUUGCUGCAGCAGAUGAAACAGCACAAUUCUCUGCAGGUCAAGUACUCAGAAGCAAGUAACCAUAUAUCUUAGGGUUGUGGGUUCAAGCCCCAUAUUGGGCAAAAGAUUCCUGCAAUGCAGAGGGUUGGACUAGACGACCCUCAUGGUCCCUUCCAGUGCUACAGUUCUAUGAUUCCAUUGAGUUCAGCAGGACUUCUUGCGAGGUGAGUGUGUACAGCAGGGGUGAGGAACCUACAGGUGUUGCUGGACUCCAACUGCCAUAAUCACUGACCAUUAAUUAUGCUAGCCAAGAUUAAUAAAGAAAUAAGCAAAUCAUGCAAAUGCAAAACUGCAGAACAGCUUCCUGAAGUUAUUGUCCCCCCUUCUCUUCUUUUCAGAGAUGUGCGAAAUUAGAAUUGCUUUCAUUGGUGUCUAAAAGGAAAGGGACUAGAUGGGCUUUUCUGGAGAGAAUAUUCCUGACCCUAAAUAUCACUCACAUUAUGUCUCCUGUUUCUGCCACCUCUUUCUACCCAUCUAACAGAGGAGCUUCUAGUCAUUACAUUCAUAUCUCACCUUUCCUCCAUGGAGCUCAAGGUGGAGUGCACAACAACCCUGCUAGAUUGGUUAGUCUGAGAGGCUGUGACUGGCCCAAGGUCACCCAGGGAUCUUCAUGCUGAGUGGGGAUUUGAACCCUGGUCUCCCUGCUCCUAGUACAACACUCUAACCACUACACCACACUGGCUUGUAAGAGGAAGAGAGCCUUUCACAAUGAUCUCAGCAUACAGGAGUAUUCAGUACUUUAGUUAUCCUGGACCCAGACCAUUUUAAUUGUGCCUGGUGUACCUAGGUGCAGUGUGCUCAUAGAGUAGCAAGUCCUGCUACACAAUCUCACUGCUGUGUUUGGGAGGGACCAGCUAUAUUCCUACACUCCCGCCAAAUGCUUCUCACAAACAGCCCUGGCAUUUGCACGAGUCUAGUUUGGAAGUGACAGAGACAGUCUGGAAGACUGUAGCAAGUUUCCCUCUUCCCUAGGAGAGGGUGCAGCUUGCACACCAGCCAAAUUAUUCCUUUUAUUAUUAUCGUGUGUGUGUGUGUGUGUGUGUGUGUGUGUGUGUACACAAAUACAUACAUACAAUCAUACAUACAUAUUCACCCCACCCCACAACAAUAAAUCAUAAUUUGGUGAGAUGUCUCACUCUCACACGUCAGGCCUUAUUUCACAUAAUAGCCAGAAGUGUCCUAUCUGAAGGAACCUUCUGGCUGUAGCUAAGAUAUCAGGAAUAACAAAAGUGAUUCUAUUUUCCCAUUAAUGCACACCUUGUUUCUCUUCCUCCCUUUCAAUUUGUACGUGUUAGCUUCAUCAUAAAAAGAGCUGUGCCGUGUUCUCUGCAGCCAGUUCCUCCGCUUUCCACACACUCUCUGUGCUGAAUGUCAAUACAUCCAAUACUUUGUUCUCUCCCUGUAACAUCUUUUCUUUUUAUUUUCUUCUAAUUUGUUUGUUCCUGACCUAUAUAAUAGCAUACAACCUUUUUCUUUCCUGCCCCUGCCACUCCUAUUUCCCUCAGUGAAAUCAUGACAAAAUAUUCGUUUUAAUUAUUGUGGAUGCAAAUGCUUUGGUUUAAAGCAAGUUAUCUUCAGGAAAAGAGAAGUAACAGAGAAAACAUUUCAUAUAGAGCAGGGCAAAAGCAGGAAAUUCUUUUGGAAUACUUUAUUUAGAUUAGUAGGGACUGGGAGAGGCUGCUAUGGACUUUCACAGGCUGCCUGAUUUUACCCAGGGGUCAUAAGUGUUCUCUCCUCACUAUUUACUAUUAGGAGAUAAAAAAGCAGCUAUAUGUUUUAUUUUCUUUUGACAGAAGUGGAUGACAUUUGCAGGCAUAUUUGCUCUUGCCAUAUUACAGGCAAAUAGGCCCAGGGGCAUUUUUGCUGGUCACCUUUGCAUUUUUAAAAAAGUGAACUUCUGUAACAUUUAGGGUAGAAUUGAAUGAAAUUUUUAAGUGAGACCACCCCUUCUGAUGACACAAAUCUUGCCAGAUUUCAGAGGUGGAGAACCUGCAGCCCUCCAGAUGUUGCAGGACUGCAGCUCCAAUCAUGUCUGGCCAUUGGCCUUGCUGGCUGAGAUUGGAAUUCAGCAGCAGCUGGAGAGUCACAGGUUAUCUAUUUGCUUGAAGGCGCCAGGUACGGACCCUUCCUUUGUCAUCUGCUGCAUUUUGGUACUGAUGAGAGAAAUACUCUCUAAUAACUCCUCCUCUCAGGUGUGAGUAGUGGUUGUGGUAGAAGAUCAAGCCUGAGCAAAAGGCAGCAGUGUGCAGUUGGCUCUUGUCUAGCCCAAGAGAAAUCAUUUGAGAUGACAUGCACAGCCCUCCUUGGAGAAAGUCAGAGAGUCAUUUCUUCACAGCAGGGAGUAGUGAGAAAAACGUGCCUCCUGAUGAUGCAGCAUAACAAAGCUAUAAAUCUUCCCUUGAGCACCAGCAGGGCUCAGGUGACAGUGAAGUCACUGCUUGACCUUGGCGAGGAUUGAAAUACCUGGAAGGGAAGAGGGAUGGGUCAGAAGCUGCCUUCUUCAUAGAUCUGCACAGCAGAGAGCUCAGCUUGAGCUGCUACCAAUUCAGAGGAAUAGUGCAGAUGGGUCACCCUGGCUUUGUUUAUACCAUCAGGAUGCCAUAAAUGCCGAUGAUGAUUCAAGGUUGAUGUCCUCAAUUCCCUCAGUCCUCACCUCUUGUUUACACAGAGGAGUCCUCAGGGCUGGCCCAGGCCAUUUGGGUGCAAGAGGCAGAAACACAAGUGAUGUCUCUUCCUCGACAACUCAGCCUUACGAAAACAGACACCGCCCUCCUUUUCUAAAAAGCCAUUUAUUUCCAUCACACUCUGUGCCUCUUUAAACAUCACUUUUACAACACAGAAUCAUUACAUUUUAUGUAGCAGAAUGAGUGGCAUGUGCAGGUGAUCAGAGUUAAAUUAAAUUUAAUCAUAGCUUGCUGCCCUGUAGCAGCACCCAAAAUCAGUUGCUUGAGGCCGAGCCUCAUGACCAGCAAUAGAGCUGGACGAGCUAAUUUUAAUUUUAGUUUUUGGUCUGAAGACUGCAUUCGCCCUUGGCCAAUCUUCUGGGGGCUGCAUGCUAGCAGUGGGUGUGACGGCCCCACUUUCCUGCACACACAAUCUCACGUAUACACAUGGGACACACACAGCAACAACACCCUUGGCUGAUCUAUGCAAAUCAUCUGGGGGGGAUUUUUGCCGUCUCCCCACUCAUUAAAAUGAUUGGUCUGAUGUGCAGAAGCCCUCCGACCUCUUCUGAAUGAGGCUGGCCUCUGGGCUGCACAGAGACGGUGUUUGGCUGCCCAAGUCUGUGGACAAGAAAGGGAAGUUGUUAUGUACUAAGCUUGGAUCCUAGAGGCAGGCAGGAUCCUAGAAUGCAACAACCUGAUUGGCCUGCAGGAGCAGCCCAAUCAGGCUCCAGGAGGGAAGCAGAAUCAGCCAAUCAGACAGGACGCAUUGUGUAAAUAAUGUAUGUAAAACUUGAGGUUUUGGGGAAAAUCCAUUCACUGUUUUACAAUCUGCAAUAAAGAGCAUGAAAUCACUAUGCGACUCCAAGUAUAUUUCACUGGCAACAAAGGUGGGAUCCCGCUGAGCUGUCCGCACACCGCACCGCAACCGCCACUCGCAACACCGCUGCAUUGCACCACGCAUCCAGGCCAGUGGGACCCAAGGACCCAGAAUGGCAACAGACAGCAGCUUCAUGUUGUUCAGCCCAGCCUCAGGAGACUGGGAAGGAUACUCCACCCAUUUCCAGUUCCUCCUAGAGGCAAAGGACGUCACUGAUAUAGCAAAGAAGUGGGCGACAUUAUUCAGCAUCUGUGGAGAAGAAAUGUUCGAGAUCGUCCGAGUUCUCCUUGCACCCGCAAAUACUGUGACCAUCCCCUACAACAUGAUAAUGGAACGGCUGAAGGGCCACUUCUUGCCACAGCCCUCGGUGGUAGCAUGUCGCAACGCCUUCUAAGCAAAGCAACAGACCCCCGGAGAAACAAUAACUGGGUAUGUGAUCUCCCUCCACCAGGCCGCCCGGCUCUGCAACUUCACAGAGCCGGAGAACAUGCUCCGUGACCGCCGCAUCAGUGGCCUGAGAGACGAGAAGCUGCAGUGGCACCUCUACGCCAAGAAGGACCUGAUGUUCCAGGUCACCCAAAGGAGGUCCUGGCAACUGAAGCUGCCGAGAGGUGACCUCCCUCCACCAGGCCGAACUCCCUCCACCAGGCCGGAGAAGGAUUCUUGCCGAACUCAUCGUCCCAACCAAGGGUCCACCACAAGGACCUCACCGACGACUCAGAAUCCAACAGGGAGGACGUACACUGAGUGCAGCGGCGCACAAUGCUGCACGUCCACCACAACAGCCUCGGAUGGAAGAGGGGAACUGCGCAAACUGCGAUGAGAGCCAUUAGCGGAGGACUUGCCGUUUCCGCAACGCAAAAUGCCGACAAUGCAGAAAAGCAGGACACAUCGCCCGGGUGUGUUGUUCCCGGCCUGGCCAAUGCCUCACAUCAGAUGGCUGACCCAAGAGUCCCAGGCCCCACGGUCCAACACACCAAGGCAACUCAAUGGAGAUCACAGACUGUCAGAUAUACCAGUUGCCUCAUUCCAAUGCAAAAAAAAAAUACAUUGAGGUACAGAUAGAGGGAGCCCCGUGCCACAUAGAGCUUGAUACAGGCUCAACCCUGUCCAUAAUCUCGGCACAGAGAUUAAGGAAAUUGUGUCUCAGCAGUGGCCCCAAGCUUAGAAUCAUAGAAUCAUAGAAUCAUAGAAUCAUAGAGUUGGAAGAGACCACAAGGGCCAUCGAGUCCAACCCCCUGCCAAGCAGGAAACACCAUCAGAGCACUCCUGACAUAUGGUUGUCAAGCCUCUGCUUAAAGACCUCCAAAGAAGGAGACUCCACCACACUCCUUGGCAGCAAAUUCCACUGUCAAACAGCUCUUACUGUCAGGAAGUUCUUCCUAAUGUUUAGUUGGAAUCUUCUUUCUUGUAGUUUGGAUCCAUUGCUCUGUGUCCGCUUCUCUGGAGCAGCAGAAAACAACCUUUCUCCCUCCUUCUCCCUCCUUAGGCUGGCCCCAUUCACCCUCCGGUACUUCCAAAUAUGCAAGGUCCACACGAUGGGGGUGGGAACCUUCAAUGUACAAUAUCGAGGGCAGAAGCAGCGGUUAGACUUGAUCAUGGUCAAGGGGCCCUACGUUAGCUUACUGGGGUUGGCAUGGUUUGGGCCACUGGGGCUAGCCAUCACUGGGGUGAACUGCACCAGCUCUCACAUGGACAUGGAUUGGGUCAGGGACCAAUCACAGGAGGCAGGAAUGCAAGAGGGGAGGCAAUGACCUCCUAAAGCUGCUAGGGCCCAGGGUGAUGGUAUUUUUCCAAAGUGAUACAGUGACUCCCAAGGAACAAGAAUCAAAACCAGCUCUUAGAAGUUCCACCUGGGGCUGAUGGUCUUAAGACAGGGUGCCAGCUGGAAAAGACAACAAGAGUUUCGUUUCUUUUCUUUUCAAAAUUUUUUAUUCAUUUUAUAACACAAAUAAAGAACACAAACAGAAAAACAAACAAUACAAACAAAUUCUUGUCAUAUCCCUAUUUUUCUAAACAUUGUUAAGUUGGCUUCCCCAAGUCCCUCCUAUCUGAUUUUCAUUUUGUUUCAUCUUUAGCAGUUUACAUAUAUCAUAGUUUCUAACCAUCUUUUUUUUUAUCACACUUAAAAUAACUUCACAUUUUAUCACUUACAAAUAAUACUAUUUUAAAAUACCCUAUCUUCUACUUCUAACCCUACAGCCUAUAUCCACUUCCAAAGCUAUUUUAAGAUUUAAAUAUUAACAUAUUUUUGCAAAUAUUUCUUAAACUUCUUCCAGUCUUCUUCCACCAUCUCUUUUCUCUGGUCUUGGAGUCUCCCAGUCAGUUUGGCAAGUUCUAUAUAGUCCAUCAUCUUCAUCUGCCAUUCUUUGACAGUUGGUAAAUCUUGUUUCUUCCAAUUCUUCGCUAGCAAUAUUCUCGCAGCUGUUGUGGCAUACAGAUAAAAAAAGUAACAUCCUUUUUGGGAAUUUCAUCCCCCACUAUACCAAGUAAAAAGGCUUCUGGUUUUUAAUGUGUUUUUCAACACUUUUUUCAAUUCAUUAUAAAUCCUUUCCCAGAAGCCUUUUACCUUGGAGCACGCCCACCACAUGUGGUAAAAGCUUCCUUCUUUUUCUCUACAUUUCCAGAAUUUAUUAUCAUGAGUAUGAUACAUUUUUGCUUGCUUCACUGGUGUUAAAUACCAUCUGUACAUCAUUUUCAUCAAUUUUUCUCUUAAUACAUUACAAACUGUAAAUUUGAUUCCCUUUUCCCACAAUUUCUCCCAAUCCACCAUCAUGAUAUUGUGCCCCACAUCCCUGGCCCAUUCAAUCAUUACAGAUUUCACUUGUUCAUCUUUCAUAUGCCAUUCCAGAAAUAAGUUAUACAUCUUAGAAAGGUUUUUUGUUUUUGUAUCUAAUAAUUCUGUUUCCAGUUUGGAUUUCUCUGUUUGAAAACCAAUUUUCUUAUGCAUUUUAAACACUUCAUUUAUCUGGAUGUACUGGAACCAAUCAUCUAUUUCAUCUUUCAACUGAUCAUAAGAUUUUAAUCUAAAUUGGUCCCCUACUUCCAUCAGAAUAUCAUUAUACUUCAACUAUGUUUCUUUCAUAUUCAAACUUUUAUGGGUCUUAGCUUCCAAUGGUGAUAUCCACCUGGGUGUUUUCCUUUCUAACAAAACCUUGUAUCUUAUCCAAACAUUGUUCAAAGAUUUUCUAAUUAUAUGAUUUUUAAAUUCUUUGUGAGCUUUUAUCUUGUCAUACCAUAAAUAUGCAUGCCAACCAAAUACAUUAUCAAAACCUUCAAAAUCUAAACCAUCUGUAUUUUCCAAUAAACACCAUUCUUUCAACCAGCAAAAGGCUGCAGCUUCAAAAUAAAUCCUUAAAUCUGGCAGGGAGAAACCCCCUCUCUCUUUCACAUCUGUUAAUAAUUUAAACUUAAUUCUGGGUUUUUCCCCUGCCAGAUAAAUUUAGAUAAUACCUUUUGCCAUUCCUUAAAACAAUUCAACUUAUCAAUGAUAGGAAGUACUUAGAACAAAAGUAACAACUUAGGCAAUACAUUCAUCUUUAUUGCAGAAAUUCGGCCCAACAAAGAUAGUUUCAACCUUGUCCAGAUAUCAAAAUCUCUUUUAAGAUCUUUCCAUAGCUUUUCAUAGUUGUCUUUGUACAAAUUCUUUUUUUUUUUUACACCCAGAUAUUUCACCUUUUUCGCAAACUUCAGCCCUGUGGUUUCAAGAGGACAAGAGUUUCUUGCACCUUGAAUUGUUCUGUGAAAGAGGGACUCUAUCUGCAGGUGCAGCAUUUACUGGGGACAGCUGCUCUGUCUACACAUGGUGGUUUUCUUACUUUCUGGGUGGCACCUUGGCAAUCAAAUAGCCUCGGGUGCUGGGGGGGGGGAGUGUGGAGUCCCAGCUGAAAUAAAGCUUGUUUUAGCAUCUCCAAAAAGGCUUGGACACAAAACAAGCAAGUCAGCCUGUCCUCUACCACCAAUAUGGAUUUCAAGGUCACUUUCAAGUUGUUGUUACUUUAGACAUUUGUUUGUGUGUUUUAAUGACUGCUUGUUUCCUGUCUGUAUCACAGAAGGGAUCCUUGGGCAAGCUGUGUUUCCUGUCUUUCUGUCUUGGCUUUUUGUACACAAGUGUGCAUGCAAGAAAGAAAGAAAGAAAGAAAGAAAGAAAGAAAGAAAGAAUAGGGAGGCUGGAAGCUGAUUAAACUUUUAUUACAACAUGCUGCAAAAUGCCUCUUAAAUAGCUCCCUUCAGAGGCCCCAGCCAUAGCCGUAAAGUACCAGCAGGGGCUAUGUUAAUAAAUAAAUAACCAUUGAAAGAACACUACUUGCAAUCUAGUCUCUUUAAAGCCCCCAAAAUAAAAUUACUUUACUGUUUAUGCUGGAUGAAAUUGAAAAAGCUGGAAAAGGGGAGGAAAGUGCCUGGUUUGGGUAAAGGAAGGUACACUUGAGUGAUUUAGGGUGUUUGUGGUGGAAUAAGGCAAAUAAUCGCUGGAAGUAAGUUGAGAGAACGCGUCAUUUUUGAAUCCUGAAUGUGCUGACGAAGGCCUGUUCCUGACAAUGUUUACAUAAUCACCCUAUCAUGGUGGAAAUCAUUAUUCAAACAAUACAAUAAGUACUAUAUGUUGAUUCAGCCAUUAAUGCACACAAGAUAUUUUGAGUUAAAGGAGAAAGAACCUGAAUAUGAUGUCUUAGAACAGGCAUAGGCAAACUCAGCCCUCCAGAUGUUUUGGGAUUACAACUCCCAUUAUCCCUAGCUAACAGGACUAGUGUUCAGGGAUGGUGGGAAUUGUAGUCUCAAAACAUCUGGAGGGCCGAGAUCGGAUAUGCCUGUUGUAGCACAUGCCAUAGGAAGUAACAUGGGUGUGUGUGGAAGGAGCUAUUAAUAGAGACCCAGGUAUAAUCAUUGUAUAUUUGUACCCAUGCAUUACAAAAAGUAACCCUUAAUUUCAGGGUGGUGUUUUUUGUUUUUUACAUUAACUCAGUGUUGUUGACUUAUGCAUGGAUGGAAUUCAACAUCACACAAAUUUGAUUGUUCCAACAAUGUGAGCAUUUCUGCUUGCCAGUCAGAAUGAUUUCCUCUCCUCCUGAGCAGUGUUCUGGGGGUUCUCCCACCCCACCUAAGCCAAUUUGGGGUGGGGUGGAGGGAUGAGAGGAGAGGAGAGGGGGAAAUGCCCCAUUGCAUUAGUGGGACUUGUGCUGGUUCCUGCUAGUGCAACUAUUUAGCUGAAUCCAACCCUAAACAACUAUGACUUAAAUGGGAACUCAGUUGCAAUAUCAGGCAGAUAAAAGAGCCUUUACAAGCAUAAGUACCUAAAGACUGCUGUUGGAAUACUUCCCUGAACUUGCAACUGUUUUGACAAUGUUCUACAUAAAUCUGGGCUCCAGACCUACAGUAGGUGUGUCUUCUGCCAGGAAUUUCAUCCGUGCCCACACUGCUGCAACUAACUCUGCUAGCUGUUUGUUCAGCUGGAACUGGUGCAGUUGGCUGACGCGCCAGCCGAGACACCACACGCAGCCAUUGAGCAAGCAAAUUGCAUUUGCAAAAUAUCUCCACGCAACGACUCUUAACCUGGGGCUAUGGACAUUGUGCUGCCGUGUGUGACGAGAUGAGAAAGGACUGAUGCUUGGGAGGAAUACAGUCCUGGGUUAUUUGGGGAUCAGAGGGGUUUGGGUUUCCUCCUUCACCCAUGCCAGCAGGAGGUGAGAGAACCAAGGCAUUCAAACAUUUGAGUUGGUUUUGGAGUUGCAGAAGUGCAGCAGAUCACACCCCAAAAUCUGCCAACCUAUCAGAGGAGCUGGUUUCCUUUGAUGUUUUGGGCCAAGUCCCACAGAUGAGAUUAUUCUCUGGUAGUAGAAGCCAAACCCCUCCAAAAGCAUGCAGAACUUGGCAGGAGUCAGAUAUGGAGGUGUCUGAUCUGAUUUGCCAUUUUGAUGCCUCUUGUCCUUUGACAGAACAGUGAGCACCUUUGGCAAAUUCUCUAAUGAAAGCAGCUGCGGAGUCUGGACAUAUUGUGGAAUGGCAAGAGGGACUCCAUCAAUUGUUGUUUGGGGAAGUGAAUGGAGUAGUAUUGAUUUAGCACUUCAUAGACCAGAAGGUCACAAUGGAGCAUGGAGAUUACUUUGUUGUUUGUCGGAAUUUAAAAUGCCAAACCUAUUCAAGCUGGCAUCUGCAAGGUCACUUGAUUUCUUAGCCCCCAUCUAGAGAAGAUUAGUCACAGUUCAGUCCCAUUCGAAAGCAACGAGACUUAGGUCAGUCACAUAACUAAUUUCCCCACUGAUUACACUGAAUGUGAACAUGUCUUUCUUUAGAUCAGGGAAGCUACUGAAAUCAUGCUGCUAGGAGAGCUCAGGCUGAGGAUUGUGGAGAUUCUUGCUAAACUGUGCUCUUUACAAAACAAAAUUUUGGGAGUUUGGGAUCUGUAUCUUCAGAGAUAAGCUUGCCAAGAUGGUGGGCAACACUGGAUGCCAAAGCAUAGGGUGCAUAUGUGCAAACAGGACUGAGGGUUAGGGCUUUAGGGGUCUGCAUCUCUCCUAGAUCCAGAGGCAUAAAACAGUGUAAAUUCUUAUAUGCAGAUACACAAAAUUGAUUCUGAUCACACUUUGAUCACAUAAAAUCCACAUUGCUUACUUGUGGCUGCCCUUCCUGAUAGUGGAUCACAAAGUGAUGGCCAGUUUCUUCUAAAUGAAUUUUUUUGCCUACUUUCAGUCUUCAGUGUUCUUCCUUGCAUUGCCUCCCUCUGCUGGAUUAAUGAAGGCUUUUUCACUCACACACACACACACACACACACACACACACACAGACACACAUCCCACACACCCCUAAUGACUUUCAUCAUGACAGGAUCUUUCCCCCCUGUCACUAAGUAACCACUCAACCUUCUUUAGAGGAAGCUAUAAAAGAGAAUUGAGGUUAGACAUCCUAUACUCAUAUUACCCCAGUGGGGAAGAUGCAGCACCUCCACACUGGUGGAAUGGCUCCUGCACCCUGUUCAUGCUCAGCCUGAGAUGGGAUGGGAAAGCCCACCAAUUGGGGUUUUUGCAUGUGACAACACAGACAUGAGAUUGGAGCCAGUGGGCACAUGACCAUAAGGACCCCCCCCCCAGCACACCUGAAUUGCACAACCCACAUUCCAAUGCCUAAGUGCCCCUACUGCAGCCCCAGUGGCAAAGAAAGCUAUGGCCCCAUUCCUGAAAGAGUCCCUUUAUGACACUCACAACCACCAUUGUGUAGCAAAAUACAUGUAGGCAGUGCUUUUUUUCCUUAAAAAAAAAUGUUUAGGGGUACUCUCAUUUUGACUCAAGAAAAUUACCAUUUUGUAGUUCAAAUCUGGAAAAAUAAAUACAGUAAAUGGACCAAAGUACAAAGAUUCACAAAAUGUUUAGGGGUAUGCGUCCCCCUGCAUCCCCCCCAGAAAAAAGCACUGCAUGUAGGGAAAUGAGAAGCCACACAAUGCAGACCUGCUUCAUAGAUUAUUUGGGCAGGAGACAUACAGAAAGUACAAACAACCCAAGGAAAAACAAUCUUUUGACAAGGGAGCAGGUCAGGCAACAAGGCAAACCACAGUUACACACUGACCACAGCAGCUCCCUGCAUAGGACGUGGGGUUGGGAAGCAACAGGCAUGAAUUUGAGCUCCACUAAGAGAAAGGAGAAGCAUGACUCCACUUGCCUUUUGUAUGACUAGUCAUCUCGGAGGAAAAAGACGGAGCUCCCAGGACUCGGACACACCACUAGCAGCAUAGGGCAAUUUUCUAAGCACUCAGCCACAGGCGGGAAUCAUACCCACCAUGGGGCCUUUGCCUCUCCCCACCUGCAACACACACACGCCAUGCUGUGAUGUUCUGAGUUUCCAUCAGCAGCCAAUGAUGGAGAUCAGGGGAGGGGAGCGUGUGGCCCACCAGAUGUUGCUGGAUUCCAACUCCAGGAUGGCCAGUGGUCAGGGAUGGUGGAAGCUGAUAUCCAGCUGGGAUAACAAGUGAUAUGAUUGCUGAUUUUAUAGAUUGUUGAAAGCUACAAAAAAGCACAAGAGAAAAAUCUCCUUGAGAGAGUGCAGACCCCACUGCUGCACACAUCUGCCUUCCUAAGGGGGUUUUGUUCAAGCUUGCUUCCCCUCAACUAGGCUGACACCAUCUAUCAUCAUCAUCAUCAAUAUCAUUAUUAAUUACAUUUAUUACCAGCCCUUCACCAGCAGAUCCCAGAGCAGGUUACAAGAAAAGCUGGAAACAGUUGUGAAAAGAGUGGGGCCCUACACAUCUCAGGUAAAGAGAGGUGUAUUCAUCUAGGGAGGAAGGAGGUUGCUUGGUUCAUGUUUUACCUCUGGGAUGGGGAAUCUGUGGUCCUCCAGAAGUUGGUAGGCUCCUCCAACUCCCAUCAGCCCUAGCCAGGUUGGCCAAUGGCCAGAGAUGUUGAGAGUUGUGGUCCAACCACAGCUGGAGGGCUUCAGGCUCCCCACCACUAAUGUAGGGCACACUGAUCUGGGUGGAGCCCAGAACAUGAUAUCAGGACAAAAGAUGAACUAAUGCACAGCUCCUGGUUUAGUGGUAGCCUCACACUUCAGGUGGUGGCUGGCUUGCUUUUGAGACCAGUGUGUUCCCCUUCCUCAUCAGCAGACUCCAGGGGGACUGGUGAAUGAUACAGCUCUAUCAGAUGUGAGUGUGUUGCCCCUCUCCUAAAGGCUACAUACAGGAUGGGAUGAGGCUGCAUACAGAGAGGACUCCCCCCACACACACCCUGCAGCGAGGGCAGCCUUACUCAGCCACCUCACUUUAAAAGAUCAGCUUUGAUAGCUUAUUUCUCUUUCCUCUCUACCUCGCCCCAACUCUAAUAAGUAUUCAACUCAGCCUGGUUACAUUAUCAUUCAUAUUUCAUGGGUGCAAAGCAGGGGAAAGGAGCUUGAAUUCCAGCUGGUGCACCAGACUGCCGGUUCCAGCUCAAGUCCCAGAAGAGAAGACUCCACUGUAUGUCUGCCGAACCAAGACUGUAAAUCAAUUGCAGUCUGUAAUGUGAGAGAGGUGCUCAGGAAUACUUGGAUGGAGGGACCUGGCUUGCCUUUGCUUUUCAUAGUCACACAUUCUGUCUGUUGAUUGAUGCUGGGGGAUGGGGGCCUGUGGCCCUCCAAAGGUUGCUGGACUCCAGCUCCCAUCAUCCUUGGCCAUUGGCUAUUCUGGCUGGGGCUGAUGGGAAUUGGAGUCCAAUAGGAUUUGGAGGGCAGCAGGUCCCCUCAUCCCUCUUCUAUAUGCUGUAUUGUUGACCUCAUGGCUGGAAACGGCAAGUUCCAGCAGAGGCACCUGAACAUUUGCACCCCAAAUUGCUUUUAAAAACAUAGCAGCAACAUAAAAUACAGAAUAUAUGGGAUGAUUUCUUUUUAAGACCACAGGAUUGUGGCCAUAAUAUUUUAAAGUAUGGAAUUGAGGGAGAGACACAAGAUUGGAUAUGAUUGUAGUCAUCUUCAUUACAGCAGUUAAUAAAUAAGGACCAAUUUUCUGAACCCUUAUUUUCUUGCUCAUUUUGCUUAGAUUUUAAAAAGUGUGCACAUACGAAAACCUCAUUAGUUUUGCAUUCAAAGCAAUCUCCCUAAUUUUUGUCAGCCAUUCUGACCUCUUUAGAGGCUCAGCUGAGGGAACACCUCUUAAAUAAAACACAGAACCAAGAGAAUUACAGCAAGCAACAGCAGAUCCAGUUAGGGACCCAGUUUAUUAACUAUUGCAAUAGGUCAGCCUUGCCAACCAGUUGCUCAACAGAACCAGUUAGAAAAGACUGCCCAGAGGCAAAUCAGAAGAAAGCUUAUGUUGUAGUUCAAACACAGAAAACAAAGAGUCCUAAAACCUCAAACAUUCUUCUACAUACAUCAAGCAAAGUUACAGGUCAUGGGAUGAUAAACAUGUAUGGCUCCAUACUGCCAUCUGCUCCCCCACAAUUAUCUUGGGGUGCCCCAGGUGCCCAGGCAUUUGGGUCUCAAAUGUCCUACUUUAUCAAUGUUUCCUUAGCAACCAGACCUUUGACAGGGUUGUUGACAUUUCUGUCUCUCACUUCUCUUCUUCCCUGAGCUAUCUCAGGAAGCUUCAAGGAGAUGUUUGGAUUUACACCCUGAUACUAACUAGAACAUCUUUAAUGACCAUUUGUGCCACUUUCAGGGUUAGAUGGGGUUUCUUCUUUAUAGCCUAGAGAGCACAGGGGUUUUAAAAUGUUAUAAAAUGUCAGAGAUGCAUUCUAUCUUUCUAAAGGUUAAGUACCAUUAAUAUUUGAAACAUAAUGGAAUCAAAAUAUCCACCCCCGGGUUUCUGAUUCUUAUGUCAGGGAUACCUUCAAGAAGAAGACCCGCUCUCUGGUUGCCUCCACCACCACAAACUCCUCCAUCUAUCUAAUCCCAUGUAUAAUACUCUGCAAUCUGACCAUCCUUUAGGUGGUGUGUCUUAAGUUUCUUUUCCCUUUUUUCAUUGAGCAGGUGCAAAACAUCUCCCAGUCCAUGGAGGUGCUGGACCUUCGGACCUACCGGGACCUGCAGUAUGUGCGCAAUACUGAGUCGCUAAUAAAGGGGCUGGACUCCAGGCUGAAAGUGGCCACAGAGAGUCAGAAAAAUCUGAAUGCCAAAAGUUUCCAGGUAACUCUUCGACUUGGCCAAGUCCUUCCCAAUCUACAUUGUCACUAUCUCUGGAGGGACGUUGUUUGUGGACUGGUUUUCUGAUGCUGGUGGGUUGCUAGAGUAUUAUUUUAAUUGCUAAUGUUGCUGUUUGAAAGCCAGUUGAGAAUGAGAAGGUUUUGGAUGGUGUUUAUCACAUAUGCCUGAUGGAAGCAGGUGUGGCCCUUCAGAAGUUGUUGGACUACAGCUCCCAUCAUCCCUUACCAUUGGCAUGCUGGCUGAGGCUGAUGGGGGUUGGACUCAAAGAACAUUCAGAGGGAUGCAAUUUUCCCACUGGAGAAGAAUAAAAUAACAAAAAGGAAUAAAUUCAGCUUGCAGCCUUCAACUUCCAGCCUUCCCUUUUUAGUUAGACUGGUAAAGGUAAAGGGACCCCUGACCAUUAGGUCCAGCCGCGGACGACUCUGAGGUUGCGGUGGUCAUCUCACUCUAUAGGCCGAGGGAGCCGGCGUACAGCUUCCGGGUCAUGUGGCCAGCAUGACUAAGCCGCUUCAGGCGAACCAGAGCAGUACACGGAAACGCCGUUUACCUUCACACACCUAUUUAUCUACUUGCACUUUGACGUGCUUUCGAACUGCUAGGUUUUCAGGAGCAGGGACAGAGCAAGGGGAGCUCACCCUGUUGCGGGGAUUCAAACCGCCGACCUUCCGAUCGGCAAGCCCUAGGCUCUGUGGUUUAGACCACGGCGCCACCCACAUCCCAGUUAGAUUGGUACUAAGCAGCAAAAAAAUAAAAUAAAAUAAAUGCACAUUAUGUAUUCCCCUCUCCAUUGUAGCUUAGGAGGAGAAUGAUUUUGAGUAGGAAAGCAGGUGGAAGAAGGAUUAAACACACCUUUUAAUAAUAAUAAUAAUAAUAAUAAUAAUAAUAAUUUAUUUGUACCCCAGCCAUCUGACUGGGUUUCCCCAGCCACUCUGGGCGGCUUCCAACAAAGAUUAAAAAUACAUUAAAAUGUCACACAUUAAAAACUUCCCUGAACAGGGCUGCCUUCAGAUGUCUUCUAAAUGUCAGUCUCACAGCCACCUGAGGCUACUCCAUUGCAUGCAUUGCAUGCAUUGAAAUUUGCACUUCUCCAAAUAUUUGCCAUGCAAUUCUCUAAACAUAAAUGCAUAUCUAUGCAUACCAGUGCAUAUAAUAGUGAAAAUAGCACAAAAUAUGCUUUAUAUUACAGUGUAGCCAAAGGAAAGAGGCAGGAGCUGUGCGGCCUUGAGCCUGACAGCUGCAGCAGCCAAGGCAUUGAUUAAAUAUCAGAGCAGCAGCCAACAGCUUGGUUAGUUUUAGUCACAGUGUGUAGGCAGUGGGGCCCCAGGGGCUGCUGGUAACCCAGCCAAUGGAUCAGGAGUACAGCCCAGGCACCCCUGCUGGGAAAUCAGGGGACAGUGAGAAGAAAUAUGGCAAAAGAGGGAGGGGCAAACUGGGCAUGGUUCCUACUCAGCAGCUGCUGGAGAGUGAGGUGGCAGUUUGGGGGAAUGACCAAGUGCUGCACAAAUUGGUCAUAAUAAAGUGAUUGAUUAAAAGAGAAUGAAGGGGGCAGAAAUGGAGUGGUGAUUUCUAUCAAAGCACUGAUGGAAAAUAGCCCGGCCCCAUCUCUUUUGGGAGGAAGCAGAAGUAGAGUGACUUAUCCAAAAUUGAAAAGAAAAACACCUCUCAAUGCAUAGAUAGAUAAAAAUAAAAAAUGAAGCUCCUCCCCUGGAUGGCCAGUGGCUCUUUUGGGGUCCCAUUGCCACAUGCAUACACUUAGUCAAGGAACACAAGCUCAGGAAACACCGUGCCAAAGUAUUUGACCGAUUAUCAAAAGUAUUCCAGGAUUUGAGUUUUCCUUGAUGUGCAACAAUAAAAGAAAUGCAAGAGAUGCAAUGAAUGAGCCAGCCACAAACAAACCACCCUGUCUUUAGAACAUCCUCAGCAGAGAUGGGUACGGACCAUGUUUUGAAAGUUGCUGUGAAGGGAAGGCUAUCUGGGACUUUGGGGAAAUGGUAAAAAUCACCAUUACAAUGUGGAGAAUAGUAUCUGUGCAUUUUGACUCAUCUUGUGUCUUACAAAUGUUAGAAACUUAUUGUUUAAGUAAAGGUUGAGGAUCAUGGUUCAUGCCUAAGAACCACACCUUUGGUUAAUCUAGUCUAGCAUUACAGAUUAUGACUCUCAACUGCUCUCUUUAGUCUCAGGCAUGAGCCUUUCCCAUAAUCUACUACCUGACAGCAAGGAUUGAAAAUGGGGCCUUCUGAUGCAAAAGCAUGUGCUCUGCUGGGCCACAGCUCCCAUCACCCCUGUCCAUUGGCCAUGCAGACUGGAGUUGAUGGGAGCUGGAGUCCAACAACAUUUGAAGGGCAACAGGUUGGGGAAAGCUGCCAUAGACUAUCCCUCUAAGACUCCAGACUGCCUGUGCCAGUUUCCUUGGUAAGGUUUGUAUUGUGGCUGGUAAGGUUCAUAUUGAACUGUCAAGUGUGACAUCAUCAGAUAAACCUUACAUAACAUAAAUAUUUAAAAGAAACUUGUGCCUUGCAUAGAGGCAGCUGGGAAGUUAAUAUGUUCAGAUGUACAUAUACCUCUUUCUUUGGGCUGAUGAUGAGGCUGCACCUUUAGCCACAUCCUGAGAAGGGUAACAGCCAUGCUGGCCACAGUUAUUUGAGCACUUCAGCACCAUGGAGAGCAGAACUCUGGGAAAGCUGACUGUGAAAAGGCUACAAGUUGUCCAGUGAGGCCAAGCUAUAAAGGCAGCUGUCUCAGCAAAUGAAACUGAUCUGUAGAAAAUGUAACUUGAAAAAAAGAGACAUUGCACAUACUUUUGUAAACCAAGAAAUCUUUAAUAAAAAAAGACAUUAAAAAUAAAUAAAUAAUAAAACGGAAGUUGAGGCAAGGUAUGCCAGUGCAGCAAAUCAGCCAACCAAUUUUCAUUUUCUUCCCCAAGGAUGCUCAAUGUCAAUGGCAAAGAAAAAGACCACUUUACAAUGCAAUUCUUUGCACAUCUACUAAGAAGCAAAUCCCAUUGAGCUGAAUGGGACUCACUCCCAAAAGAAUUUCCUAUGCAGUCUUAUGGCAGCCUUAUUGAACAAGUCCGUGUCUAUCGUGUCUCAUGGCUGAUGCUUAGCAAGCCAUAGGUCUACUCUGUGUAUUAUACAGAGAAAAACCCACAUUCACCAUUGAUUGCAUGCUCGAGGGGGAAUGGUAGCCAGUCACUGUUCUCCGAUUAGCGUACCUUGAUUGUUUGCAGACAUGCAUUUGCCAUGUUUGCACAUUACACAUUUAAUUAGUCACACUUCUUUGAUUAGUCACACUUCUUUGCAGUCUCUCAGCCCACUCACCUCACAGAGUGUUUGUUGUGGGGGAGGAAGGGAAAGGAGAAUGUUAGCCGCUUUGAGACUCCUUUGGGUAGUGAUAAAGCGGGAUAUCAAAUCCAAACUCCUCCUCCUCCUCUUCUUCUUCUUCAAAUGCCCACCUGAAAGAUAUGAAGUGGUUGAAUAACACCAGAAGUGGUUACUGACUGUUUCUGGGUCUUUUAGAAGCAACUAGCAUUUUUCCUUGGCGGCAGCAAUUUCACUCUGGCCUUUCCCCAGAGUCAGGGCAUAUGCUGCAGAAGGUGAGCCAGGGAACUGAUUGCUUUGCCUUGGAGCUGGUUGCUCUUGGUACUCUCUGUUCGCAGACGUAACUCAUGAAUCAGCCAGAGGAGUAUCACAUUUGCAAUUAAAAAACCAAGCGAAUCAACAAGCCCCCUUUGCCUCCCUCCAGGCACCUGUGAGGAGGAAUCGGUGCUGCUGAUAAAUGAGCCCAGGCCAUCCAUAUUCUGGGCCCUUUGCCAUUCAAUUACCUUUCUUGGUAAUUUUUCAACCCCAGCCAGAGUGAUUAGAGACAUUUUGCUGAGAAUAAUGGGCCUCUGGUGUGUGUGCAUGGUUGAGAAUGCAGCAGUGAGCCAGAGAAUGCCAUGCCAUCCCAGAGACAGCUGGGAUGGGGGUGGCCCCUUGGAAGGUCUCUUGAUUAGACAACUGGCCUGCUGGGGUCUAUGAUUCCCUUCUAGAUCCAUGUGCCAACAUUUGAUAGGUCCAGGUGCAUGCUGGGUUAUGAUCAGUUCAGGGCUAGCCCUUGACCAGUGGGCCACCUUGAUGAAGCCGAGCUCCGUGGGGGGAAAUGUACCGGUUUCUUGGGUCCCAGAGCUUGGAGCCCAUUAUGUUUAUAAAGAUAGUGGCUUUGGUUCUCUGAACAAAGUCACCUCAAGAGUGGAGACCUGGUCAGCAAGAGUGUCUUCUGACCUUUCUCCAGUUCCUCAACUGGUUUUUCAGUGCCUGACUGAUGCCCAGCUCAGCCUUUUGGUUGGUCUCUAAACCUAUAUAAACUCCUUUUGCCAGCUCAGCCUGCACUGAAGUUCUAGCUUAUGCUGCUUCAGUGACUUAUUAUCUUUUACUUCAGGGUCAUCUUUUCUACCUAGACAUCAUUAACCUACUCCCUCUGCUGCUUUCACUUUCUAUCCACCCUUGCCUGGGUUAUCUUCCUAUCCUCGUGGAACAUAGGGAGCCACCUUAUACUGAGCCAUGUCAUUUAUUCAUUUAGCUCAGUGUUGUCUACACUGGCUAGUAGUGGCUCUCCAGGAUUUCUGGUAAGGUUCUCUCCCAACUCUCUCCCAAGAUGCUGGGGAUUGAACCUGAGACCUUCUACAUGCAGAGCAGGUGCUAUACCCAUUGAGCUACAGGCUUUCCCCUUGAGCCUGAGUGCUACUUCACCAAGUGUUGGCUCCAGUUUUGGUGGGGGAACUGGUCAAGAUGCCCUUGGUCCAGGCACCUCCCUGGGCCCACCUCCUUACCACUGCCCAUUGUUUGUCCUUUCCCCCUAGGUCUGAUUUGCACUUCCACCUAUGUAGAAGGAGAGGGCAAGGCUGCUGCUCUCUCUCCUUGGUCUUGGCACAGCUCACAUGUAGAUAGAUAGGUAGCAAAAGCAAGGAGGAGGAGGAGGGCAAAGGAUCCCUAGGCAGAAGGUUGUGGGUCUCAAUAGGUGCCCAACUAUGCUGACCCAGCCCAAGGUCUAGUCCCAUGAAACUGUUGUUCAGGUGGAUUCUACUGACCCAUCCAUGUUGACAUCAGUGGAACCACAUUCCGUUCCCCAUGGCUACAUGGUAGCCAGACUCCUGACACUGGGUGUGAUGGUCUUUGGCUUAAAAAAAAAGAAAAAGAGGAUCAGUCUGUUGAAGGCCAACAUUCAUGAUAGCCUAUUGGACCCAUCAUGCUCCAAGGCAAGAUGUCUGCAAACAGGGGAUGAACAAGAAGGAAAGGCCAUAACUGCUUUGGAGCCUCCCAACCUGUUGGUUAGUCAUAGUUGGGAACUGGAUUCUAGAUGAGUAGACAUUUGGAAAAGCUAUAGCUCAGUGGUACAACAUCUGCUUUGCAUGCAGAAGGUCCUGGGUACAAUUCGGCUGCUCCAGGUAGAGCUGGGAGAGAUCCCUGUCUGAAAUUUGAGAGCUGUUGCUGGUCAUUGUACACAGUACUAGGCUAGAUGGAACAAUAGUCUGACACUGUCUAAGCUGGCAGCUUCCUGUGCUCCUCAGCAGUGCAGGGCUUAUGUUCUUGAUGAUACUAGGUACUCUCAUUAUCUUUGCCCCUUCUUUCUUUCCCAGGUGCCUGGGAAAACAUAUUCCACUUGGAUAGCCAGAUAUGGAGCCUGACCUUUCAAAAUAAGACUCUAUUCCCACCUACCACACACACACACACACACACACACACACACACAGUGAAAAGCACUGUAUAUUUUUGCAUGACUUUUUCACCCCAAGGUCGCUUCUCAUCACUAUGCCCUGGGGCACAGCUAACGCUCCAGUUUUGUUGGCAAAUGCAACACAUCCCUCUCCCAACCCCCGCCGCUCCAUUAACAUCUCAGUUCUCUGAACUCAGAAGGUUUUUUUUAAUUGUUUUGUGAUCUAUUUACCUAAAAAUCAUAUUUACUCAGUGCUCAAAGUGGAGUGGGGCAGUGGACCUAGUGCCUACCCCACAACUGGAUUGUUAUCUUUUAAUGCAACAAAUAACUUAUAGCCAUGGCUUGAGGUAGAUAAUUCUUAUCUGCUUAGCAAAAGAGGAAGCAAUAACCAAAAUGUGAGGUUGCCCACACCUUUGCUCUUGCAGUCCAUCCACUUGCAUGCCAUAUUUUCAUACCCCAUUCUGUUCACACACCUAAAGGUAUAAAUAUUGACCUUAGCUCAAACAUUUCCAUUUCCCCCUAUCUCUUAGGGAGACAAGAACUGCCUUACACCAAGUUAGGCAAUUGGUGCACCUAGUUCAAUACAGUUGACACUGACUACCAGCAGCUCUCCAUCUUUGAAAACAAGAGUCCCUCACAACCCUACUUGGAUACACCAGGGAUUGUACCUGACACCAUUUGCAUUUGGAGGAUGGCCCUUUUCACCUCUGACAAUUUCUACAUGCUUUGCCUUUCUCUUUAUAGAAUUUGCUUUACUUUUAAUUUAGCUUUCUUGCUUCAGAGAACUGGAUUUCUCCCCCUUUUUUGUUCACCCCAAUUUAUUUGCUCUUUAACUCCCAUUAUUGUCUUUGUUUAGUGUUGAUCUUUUUGUUCCACAGUUCUUCUUGGAAACUGAGGCCAGCUAUCCCUCCCCUAGGCAUUGCCAGUAAGCACUGACUUCCUUCCACUGGAUGUGCCCAAACCCAGCCUCUGCCCCUUGCCCCCUGCAUAGCAAUGCUGGCCUGGCAUUGCCAGUCUAAUUAGAAUGGAUGGAGCCUUUCUGACAUGCCAACACACCGGGUCAUGGCUGCCAUUUGCCACUGAGACCGCAGGAAUGACCUCUGACCCAAGCUGACUGUAAGUGGAGCAGUUUCUGGCAGGUUGAGGUGGAGAUACAGCCAUUGGGCAGAUGUUCCACAGUAUCAAGCUGUUAGGAGCCUAAUUAGCUCUCAUGUACAAACAAGCAUUUAACAGGACACUUUAAGUCAAGGGGGCCUCUGAUGUUGAGAUAACAACCUACACAAUGAUACUAUUCAAAGAGGUUUUAUAACCCCGACAGUAAGAGCUGUUUGAAAGUGGAACAGACUCGCUUGGGAGGUUGUAGACUUUCCUUCACUGGAGGUUUUUAGCAGAGGUUGGAUAGCCGUCUGUCCUGGGUGCUUCAGUUGAGAUUCCUGCAUUGCAGGGGGUUGGACUAGAGGACUAUCGGGGUCCCUUCCAGCUCUUCCAUAGAAUGAUUCUAUGCUUCUAUCCAGCCCAUGUCACUCUUCCACAUUGGCACAAGCAUAAAGCAGUGGAAGACGUUUCCAUUUUCAGUAUUAAAAGCAGAUUCAUUCCACGUAAACAUGGAAGUGGAAGCAUCAUGCCAAAUGGUCCACCUUAAAGUAUAGUGAGUACUUUAAAGAUAUCCACACAUAAUUUUUAUCAUCCCCCCCCCCCCAAGUUCUGCCUUUUUGAAUUGGAAAAAUAUUUAUUAGGGAGCAUAAUGAGGUAUGAUACAUGUUAGAUCAUAACAUAAACCUAACUUGUACACUUAUAUAUACAGUCAUACCUUGUGUUGCAUCCGCUUCACGUUGCGUCUUUUCGCGUUACAUCCCACGGCAACCCAGAAGUACCAGAAUGGGUUACUUCCGGGUUUCACCACUCACGCAUGUGCAGAAUCACCAAAUCGCACCAUGCGCCUGCGCAGACACAGCAGUUUCAGUUGCGGGCAUUUCACAUUACGGACAGGCCUCCGGAACAGAUCCUGUCCGUAACACGAGGUACCACUGUAAUUGGUUCGCAUUACAAAAAUUAAUUUUUAAAAGGCAUCCAGUUCUUAAUAGAUGAAGCCUCUAUAAUUAUUAUUAUUAUUAUUAUUAUUAUUAUUAUUAUUAUUAUUUCAUCAUAUUAUUAUGUCAUUAUUAUGUCAAGGUACAAUGGUACCUUGGGUUACAUACACUUCAGGUUACAUACGCUUCAGGUUACAGACUCCACUAACCCAGAAAUAGUACCUCAGGUUAAGAACUUUGCUUCAGGAUGAGAACAGAAAUUGUGCAGUGGCGGCACAGCAGCAGGAGGAGGCCCCAUUAGCUAAAGUGGUGCUUCAGGUUAAGAACAGUUUUAGGUUAAGAACUCAUCUCCAGAACAAAUUAAGUACAUAACCCAAGGAACCACUGUAUGUUCCUACCUUUUUCUACAGCAAUUCUUUUUCUUUUUUUAAAAAAAAAUCAUUGGUUUUAUAUAAUUUUAUACAUUUCAACUUUAACCGUUUCAAAACAUUAAAAUAAAAGGUUCUUUUAAACCAUGGGUAGGCAAACUAAGGCCCAGGGGCUGGAUCCGGCCCAAUUGCCUUCUAAAUCCAGCCUGCAAAUGGUCCAGGAAUCAGCGUGUUUUUACAUGAGUAGAAUGUGUCCUUUUAUUUAAAAUGCAUCUCUGGGUUAUUUGUGGGGCAUAAGAAUUCUUUCUUUUUUUCAGAAUAUAGUCCGGCCCCCCACAAGGUCUGAGGGACAGUGGACCGGCCCCCUGCUGAAAAAGUUUGCUGACCCCUGUUUUAAACCUUCGGACAUCCCUCCCUCCAUGGGUUCCAUAUUCAAUGAAAAAAUAUUCUUUUUUCUUUUCCUGCCUCUUUUACCGUUAUCUGUCUGUUAUAUAUCCAUAGUUACCAAAGUUCAUUUCACAUUACAAGCGUCAUUGUAUCCCUGCCAAUGAUUUUAACCGUUUAGAGUCUUUUAGGUAUAUUAAAAAUUUACUCCAGUCUUUUGGAAUACAUGACCUUCCUGAUUUCUGAUCUUUCCCUCCAGUCUCGCCAUCUCUGCAUACUCCAUCAACUUACUCUGCCAUUCUUCCCUGGAUGGCACUCCUCCCUCCUUCCAUCUCUGGGCUAGAAGCAUUCUUGCUGCUGUCGUUGCAUACAUAAAAAGUCUUUUGUCUUCUCUUCUCCUAUUACACCUAACAAAAAUGCUUCUGGUUUUUUUAACAAACGUUUUCUUAAACAUUUUCUUUAACUCAUUAUAUAUCAUUUCUCAGAAAGCUAUUACCACUCCACAAGACCACCAUAUAUGGUAGAAGGUACCCUCUUUCCCUUUACAUUUCCAACACAGAUUUGAACUGGUUCUAUACAUUUUUGCAAAUUUUACUCAGUGUUAGAUAGCAAUGGUACAUCAUUUUCAUAUAGCUUUCCUUCAACGAACAACAUGCAAUAAAUUUUUAAUCCUCUUUCCGUAAUUUUUCCCAUAAUGAAAACUGGAUAUUAUUAUGUCCAAAUUCUCUUGCCCAGUGAAUCAUCACUGCCUUAACUUCUUCGUCUUUUGUAUACCAUUCUAAAAGUAAUUUGUAAAUUUUUGAAAGUACUUUCAGGUUAUUUUCCAACAGAUCUCUCUGUAUCAAAACCUUUUUCUUAUCUACUUUAAAAACAUUGUUUAAUUGAUGGUACUGUAACCAAUCUGUUAGUUAUCUCUUAUGUCUUCAAUUUUUUUCAAUUUUAGUUCGUCUUCUGCUUCUCUUAACAAAUCUUUAUAGGUGGCCCACUCCCCUCUCAUCUUCAAUAUAUAACCGAAAUUGCUUCCAAUGGAGAGAGCCACCAUGUCAGGCUUCGGGGCCAGCUUUCUUCUUACUUUGACCUUAGAUAAGCAAUGCAAGAGAAAGCAGUCUCUUAACAGCAACAGAAAUGUUUAAUGAAUGCAGCAAAAGAACAAAUGACCAUUCUCACACUGUAGGUGCUCCCAGUUAAGUUCCUCCCACUUUCCUCUAGUCACUUCCAUCUUCCCAUUUCCUAUUUACCCAAACUCUCAACCAAUUAGCCUUCUGCGAAGUUAGCUUAUCCAAUCUCCUAGCCCUGGGACUAAGAAGCUGUAUAUCUUCCAGUGAGAGAGAUUUGGUUAACUCUCUCUCCUUCUGUUCUGCCUCUUUUGUUCGCCUCCCAAUUCUGCCCAACUCCCAUCCUCCGAACUGUGUCCCUCAGCAAACCAUUGUUCCAGGUCAAUACUACUCUCCUGCUUCUGUGGAGCCCCAAGAUUCUGGUUCUGAGCAGGGGGAGGGGGGGGGUUCCCACCACACAUCAGAGUCGUAUUCCCCAACCUGAUCCCUGACACACCAUGGUGUUCUCCGCUCCAAUAGAUUUUUGUAUCUAUCCCAUACCUCAUAGAUUGUUUUUCUUACCAGGUGGUUCAAGAAUCCGUUAUGCACUCUUGUUUUUUCAUACCAUAAAUAUGCGUGCCACCCAAACCUAUUAUCUUGUCCUUCCAGAUCCAACAGAUCUGUUUCUUUUAACAAAAUCCAAUCCCAAAGCCAGCAAAGGCAGGAUGCCUCAUAAUAUAACUUCAGAUCUGGCAAGGACUCUCCCACACUUUUUCUGUGAUCUGAUGUAACAAUUCUUUUCAUUGUACUGUCAUAUUUUUAACCAACAUUUUGGUUUUUGUCUUAUUAAGUUUAAAACCAGCAACUUGUCCAAACUCCUGAACCUUUGGUAUACUAGUCAAAGGUUCUCCAAAUGUUAUUACAAGAUUCUCCACAAGGCUUUCAAUUUAUAUUCUCUGUUCCCCAACAAAAUUCCUUUCACUCCUUCUUCUGCUCUUAAAGUUCUUGUAAGGACUUCUAGGACUAAAAUAAACAAUAAUGGUGACAGGGGACAACCCUGUCUAGUUCCUUUAGUAAUAUCACAUUUUUCAGUCAGUACAUUAUUAACAAUCAGCAUGGCUUUCUGCUCAGAGUAUAUAGCGCCUAUUCCUUUAAGAAAUGAUCCUCCAAAUUCCAUCCUUUCCAUAGUCUUUUUCAUAAAAGUCCAUGAGAUAUUGUCAAAGGCCUUCUCCGCAUCAAUAAACAUCAAAGCUGCUUGCUUGUCAUUCCUGGCCUCCAGAUAGUCCAUUAUGUCUAUUAUAUGCCUUGUGUUGUCCUUCAUAUGUUGGUCAGGAAGAAAGCCCAUUUGAUCUUGGUGGAUUAUAUCAUUUAAUACAGUUUUUGGUCUUUGCUAAGAUACUAGCAUAAAGUUUAUAAUCAUUAUUUAAGAGUGUGAUCGGCUUAUAGUUUUUGACUGAAAGUAAAUUACAGCAAUUCUUUGGCAGUUGGUAUAUUAAUUUGUCUCCAGUAUUUGGUGUCUGUGACUCCUGCAGCAGUAGCCAUCUUAGAAUUCCAUCCCUUAUCUUUAAAUAGAUAGUCUUUCAUCAACAUAUGCCAAAAGAAAUGAACAUUGCAGUGUAUCACUCCCUUUAAUAGCAAACACAGGCGCUGGGUGCCAGCAGAAUUGGAGCCAAAAUGAAGCAACUGAGAAGCAAGAAGGAGGUAUUAGAGUUUUCUGUCUCCACAGUCUGAAUACCAGUGGCUAGGAAUUAACUGGUGGGGAGAGCACGGUUGCCCUGGGUCCUAUGUGUGGGCUUCCAAUGGACAAUGGUCAGCCACUGUGAGAACAGGAUGCUGGACUUGGUGGGCCAUUGGCCUGAUCCAGUUGGGCUCUUUGGGUGUUCUUAUGAAUGCUUGGGGGAAUCCAUCUGAAAGUGUUUAGACAACCCUCCUCCAACAAACAAACAAACAAACAAACAAACCCCACAACAGCAAGCCAUCCCAGUCUCAAUAUGGUGCUUGUCAGAUAGAAACAAAAGGCUAAAAAAAGGAGGGUGGGGGGAAAGAAAUAUUGUGAACAAGGGCAUGGCUGCCUGGACCCCUGAACAAAGAACACCACCUAUGGAGAAGUCAGCAGAAUAUGCUGGUCCUGCUUUUUUCUGAUUAUGACUUAUUUUUUGUACAUUUAUUCAAGCGUUCAUAUCUCUUCUAAAAUCCACUAAACCUAAUAUACUUAAUAUCCUUAUUUCUUUAAUUCUGUUUUCUUUAUAUUAUAACUUAGUUUUCUUUUUAACAUGUAUAAAAAAUAAAUCAUGCCCAAACAAUUCUAAACCAUACAGCUUUCAUUGCUUGCUUACAUUGCAGGCAGUUUCAUUUCUCCAGUGUCUUUUUCGUGCAUGGCCAGAAAUGUGCGCAGACAUGCUCCAGUUUUUUUUUCAUUGUUAUGCUCUCUGUUUGCCCUGGGCAAGGGGGAAUCACUAAAUUGUUUAGAAAAUAGACUACUGUGUCUGGGGUUGGCAGAGUGAAUGGGUCAGCUUAUCCCUUUGCCCCUCCAGCAUUGUGUGGUAUCUGAGAGGAAAGAAAGUUGACUGAAAUUUCUACUCAGUUUACUCCAUUUCUCAUCGUUUUAUGUUGUCAGCUAUUGUGCCAUCCAUUCCUUUUGAGAGCACACGUGUAUAGCCAGAGAGUCGUUUUUUUCCACCCAAGAAUAGGUUUUUCUUUUAAAGCAAUUAAUGAUUAUUAUUAUAUUUUCCUGCAUUCUCUCCCCCCCCCCCAAAAAACUAUCCUGUUGUUCACUCUUGUCCUCUUCCUGAGCUCAUUUUUAGGGCCCAGCACUUCCACAGGUUACACACCAUUUUCACUAGGAAUCAUAGAACUGUAGAGUUGGAAGGGACCCCAAGGGUCAUCUAGUCCAACCCGCUGCAGCGCAGGAAUCUCAGCCAAAGCACCCAUGACAGAUGGCCAUCGAACCUCUGCUUAAAAGCCUCCAAGGAAGGAGAACCCACCACCUCCCAAGGGAGACUGUUCCACUGUAGGAAUGUGGGAAUUUAGGAAGCAGCUUUAUACACAGUCAGACCAGUUGACCCAUCUAGCUCAAUAUUGUCUACAGUACGCUGACAGGCAGUGGCUCUUCAUGGUGGACAGCAGCCUUUUCCACAGCCCUACCUGGAGAUGCCAGGGAUUGAACCAGGGACCUUCUGCUAGUAAAGCUUGCGUUCCACGCACAAGUGAUGUCCCUGCUGGCUACUAAUAGUCAAAGUGAUGCAGAACAAACACUUCAAAUGUGCCAUUAUGAAUGCUAGCCUGGAUCCUUUAGCCCAUUAUCUGUCUCUGUCCUAUAUCAAGUAGCAGACUGGAGCACUUAUGCCCAGGUCGAUACACUGCCUGGUAGAUGGGUCAGCCUGCUUCUUGGAAAAAUAGACUUGAGUGCUUCUUCACAAGUACACCCAUCCUGGGCUAGGCCUGGCAGCUGCCUGCUGAAUGUUGAACCUCUCCCAGAGCAAACCAGCAACUAACUACAUGUCCUUGUCCACAAGGAGCAAAGAUCUUCACUUUGAGUGCAGGCUCCCAAAUAUCACAAGGAAGCUGCUGUAUACCAGGUCAUCCUCUUAUAUCCACCUGGUUCAGUAUUGUCUAUUCUGGCUGGCAGCAGCUGCCCGGGGGCACAGGCAGUGUUUUUUCACAUUAACUGCUUUUGGAUCUUUUUCUUAAAGUGGAUAUGCCAAUGGGUUGGACAUGGGACCAUCAUAUGCUCUGCUGAGCUAUAGUAAGUGUCAGAGCCUGGCUUCUCAUCUCUUGAAUCAGAUCUGGACUGAGUAUUCAGCUCCAGGGGAUCUGGAAUGCAGCCAGCGGAAGAUACUGAAUGCAUACACUUCUGGAUAAUAGGCUAGGCUAGGCUGCUGCCUGAGACCAUGAAGUUCCUGGUUCAAGACCCAUCUGCAUUUAUUGUAUUUUUGGUUUGGUACUACCUUCCUGAGAACAAAAACAGAUAUGGAAGAGUGGCAUUAAUUGGGGACGUGACAUGGGAUGGGAGAACCAGGUAAUGUUGGUAUGUUAUGGGACAUAUUUGGGGGUGGGGUAAUGCUAGUCUGGACACCCCACUUGCCAUAAACAGAAGCACCCUGAGAUCAGGUAGAGUAGAGCCUACUUUGCCAAUGUUAGCAUUUGACGUGGGGGUGGCUAAUACAAAAACAGGAUGCUGUUCUGCUCUGCAAAGGGUUCCCACCUUGAUUUUUGCAGCUUCUCAGUAAGAACAAAAUUAAAAUCAGUUAAUAAAGGGGCAAUUUAUACAUUCAAAAGAGUCAAGUGUUAAAGCUUUUCCUGGACUGCACCAUGUUAGGCUGCAACUGGGGGGGGGGGUCACAAAUUUUAUGUUUCCUCGAACAAAAGCCUGGCCGGGGGGGGGGGGCUUGCUGUCCCUUGGCAAAGAGUUACCAGACUCUGCUGCCAUAUGCUGCAUACCAAAGCCAGCAGGACAGAAGGAAGCACCCAGCAGAGCCUUCUUGCUCGCAUAUUGGGGUGUGUGUGUGUUCUGGAUCAGGGCUGACCUAUAAGCAGCUAUCAUAUGCGAGCUGAGGAAUGCAGUAAAGCCAGGGAGACCUUGUUGCUCAGGCCCAAAUGGGAGGCAUUUGAUAGCCCUUCCUGCCUAGGAGCACCCAUUAGCCAGGGUGGGGCCAGACCACCAAAGCUUGAGAGUCGUACUCCAACCACCCCCAAAAAGUUGUUCCAAGCUGCAGUUCCAGAAGCUCACCACAUGGGGAUGCUGCAAACAGAACCAAAGUCCCCCAGUUCUAGCCCCAGUAGUCCCUGACACAUAACACAGAGAAGCAUUCAAAAUACUGCACACAGUUUCCUCCAUCCUCAACUGCAGAUUUAAGUAACUGCAGGGAAAGCUUCACCACUUGAACCAGCUGAAAUUUUAGAGAGAGAAAAGCUCUAAGAGUGAUGUAAGGAGAGCCCACACAAGGCUUGCUGUAUCUGUUUUUAUUUCAAGCAAUGGUUCCAUCUUUAGUGAUCCUUGCCAGGGCUCAGUAGCUGUCAAAGGGCCUGUUAUCCCAAGGAGGUCAGGGGCCUUUUGAGAGAAUUAUGUUUGCUCCACCAACCUGCUCCAGAUUAAGACGGUCCAUGGAGAGUGUCUCAGUCUACGGAACUAACAAAACCCUGGAGCCAGCACUGUUCAUUAAGUGUAGCAGUUGAUAUCCGGUUGUUUGUACACACACACACACACACACACACACACACACACACACACACUCACACCAUAUUUUACGUCAGCGACAGCCCAAGAUUUCCCAGCUAAUUUGCAUGUUCUGUUUCUUAUGCUAUCCUCUGCAUCUUCCAACACAUUCUGUGCUGCCUGCUUCACUGCACUGCAUGCACCCCCACCAUAUUUAUUGCCCUCAUUCUUUUCAGCAUUCCAACCCUCCCUCAAAUUUUUUUUCAUUUGGAGCCCUCUUCUCCUUGCUUUAUGUGCAAAUGUCAGCAAGCUCAGCCAUUUCCCCCGCCUUCUCCACAUCACCUACACUUUCUCUUCCAAAGGUUCCACCUUCCUUGCUGCUGUUUGUUCAUGACCCCUCCCCCCCUCCCCCCUCCCUCUUUCACAAACACACUUUCACUCUCAGCCAGGGUCAUAAAAAAUGCAGCAGCAAUUUCUCUCCCACCUUUAAGUCUCUCAGCUUGCCACCGGCUGCACACAGCUGGCCCUCCCCAGCAAGUAAGAUCUGGCCUUUAAAGUUCAGAGAGCCCAGAAGAUGACGCAAGGAUUGCCAAAGGCCAGCAGCACUGGCACCUGCCUUGUGUCUCACCUUUGGAUGUCGACCUGCUUGACCUGUGAAGGCCUCCACCAGCACGAGGCUUUCGGUGCAGUGUCUUAACAUGCUGCAGGUGGGCGGGCUUGUGAGGCAGGAAGCCUGGCUCCAUUUCCACCUGGUCCUUCCACCAAGGUGACCCUUCUCAUAUUCAAUGGUUAUAAGAAAGAGAGAGAUUUAGAGAGAGAGUUGCUUCUCUACAUUGCCCACUCUGUGGAGGAAGGGCUGUGGCCCAGAAGCAGAACAUCUGCCUUGCACACAGAAGGUCCCAGGUUCAAUCCCCGAUGGCAUCUCCAGGUAGGGCUGGGAAUGCCUGAAACCCUGCAGAAGCCUGCUGCCAGUCAGUGUAGACAGUGCUGAGCUAGAUGGACAAUGCUUUGACUCAGUGUAAGGAAGAUUCCUAUGUUCCUAUUCAUAUUUUCACAGGCCUCUUUUAAUUCCCAAUGCCAACGCUUCUCUAGCUAUUAUGUUCUGCCACUACUGGCAGCCUGUGCCAGGCAAUGAUUUCUUGAGCUGGUGAAGGUUCACUUCUCCAGCCCAUCGUACCUUUUGUUCCGUUGAUAGUGGGCAGGGAAAGUGGUAACAUUUGUGGGCUGAGGAAAAAUAUGGGGUGUCAUCCUGGAUUUCAGGUUUAUAUACUCAGGGUGGGGCUGAGGAUUGGAAACCGUCAGUAAAUCAUGUAAUUAGCACUAAUUAAGUAAGAGCCAUAGCUCAGCUGCAGAACCCCUGCAUUGUAUGCAAAGUUCAGUCCUUGGCAUCUGCAGGUGGGACUGGGAAGGACCACCCUCUAAAAUCCUGGAGAGCCACUGCCAGAGUAGGCAGUGCUAUACUAGAUGGAGCAACUGUCUAAUUCAAUACAAGAUGAACUUAGAAUCAUAGAAUCAUAGAGUUGGAAGAGACCACAAGGGCCAUUCUCAAAAUGGGUCUGUAAGAAUGUCCUUGUACAUGUCUCUUCCUAGCCUGUCACUGGGACUUUUAUCACCCAAAGGUCACCCACAUUCAAGAGGGGCUCCCGCCUGUACUCUUUGGAAUCAUGGAGCAUUCCACUGGCAGAAUUUUGGGAUCUGCCCUGCAAGUUCUCGCUUCACCACAAGGACAUCUGACUGAAGAAGGAAACUGCUGGGAGACUCACAUUGCAGGCCAGAGUCCUCUUACUCUUGGCAAGCAUGUGAUUCCAGAGAGCCAAUUCCAUGGUGCUGCCUGUUUAUAAAACUCAGAUCUGCUGCACUCUCUUAGAACCAAAGUGGAUAUGUCACACUGCACUUCUGAUUUUCUAUGGGUUUUUGUUCUGUUCCUGCACCCUCCUUUUUCUCUCUCUUUUUUUUACCAGUUUGUAGCCCCUUGUGGUUGCUUUGAAAAUUGGGGAUGCUCUGGGAAACAGUGUUUCUCCCUUUGCCCUUUUCCUAAUGUAAAUAUUCCUUCCUCUUUCUAAAGCGGCUGCUGUUGGCUACAUACAGCAAGAAGGAAGAAAGGCAGGUAUGGCACCUGAGAGGGCAAUGAAGGAAAGUGUGAAAAGUCCUCCAUAAGCUACAUCUAGAGUGGUUCUCAGCCUGGCCACCACAUUCUUGUGAGAAGCCUCUCGGCUGUGUAUGCCUCCAGUCAUCUGACCCCUCUGCUCCAAAUACUUGCCACCUCUCAUGCUGGCAGGGGUGGGGAACUGAGCCUUAUCUAGAACCAGCUUGUUUACUACCCAUGUUAGCUAUGUCCUACUUCCAGCGUCAGAGGGAGUAUUGCUGAGAAUGGCGAGAAGAGUAUCAUUGCAUUCAGAUUCUGCUUCUGGGCUUCCCAUGGGAUACUGGACUUGGUGAGCUUCUGACCUGUCCAGCAGGGCUAUUCUCUUAUGUUUAGAGUGUGUAUGAUGUAGCUCUUGAUGGCAUGGAGCAUCUGUCCACAGGAGGAAGCUUGCUCUCUCUUGGUAAACAUCUACAAGAUUCCCAUACCAAACCUUUGUAAUGGGCUGGGUUCCCCCUCCUUCAAACUGUGGGUGCAGUUUUCCUUGCUUAGGUCUUGCUCACUAUCCCAAAUAAUGAGGGGUGUUAUUUGGGGCUGUAGUGAGGAAUUAGGUAGUGUUUUUAAAGUGCUUGGAAUGAACCAGAGUUAGCAUAAGCAUUAUUACUGAUUUUGAAUCUGGGAGGCAAAAUAUGCCUUGUGCAUAUUUAUGACUCCCUAACCAUAUUCCAGGAGUUCUGUCAUCAUUAACAGGCCUGUGGUAAACAAGAUAGGAAGCCUUUGAUCUUCAUUAGGGGAAGGUGAAAGAGAGCAAUGCAAUGUUGCUGUGCUUGAAUGGAAAGAGAAACUAGCUGAUGAUAUACUACUGUUUUGUAGCACACAAAUUUAGGGAUGUUGUCAGUCCCUGGCAUCUCCAGGCAGUUGCUGAAGCCCCAGAAAGGUCCACUGCUGACAUAUUCCUAGGCUUCCAGGCACAAUUUCUGUUUUCAACGGUGUCUUGGAAGAUGACUCAUCUUCUUGGCUAUUUUGAGGUGAAAUGGCCAUUGCCACAAAAAAGGGGCACUCAUUUCCCACUCCCACACAAUGGCCCAGAUGUUGUGUCAACUUCCUCUCCCAUCCCCCCUGGGACCCAAUAUAGCAAGGAAGACUCAGAGGAGAGCAAGGUACAGGCUGGUUCACCCAAGGAAGAUCUGUUAGUACCUUCCCCCAUGGCCUCCCUGCCAGAAGAAGGGUCCCUUUCUUUCGUCUCAGGAGUCAUCAGCAGCCCUUCCUCAGCCUUGCAGAAGCCAAAGGAUACAAAAUCAAGCAAGAGCCUUUUUAAAAACAGAGCCAGCUCCUACAAGAAGGUGAGAUCUUUUCAGGUUAGACAAGGCUUCUGCUCUUUGCUGAGAUGACAUCAUACAGUAGAUGCUAUAGGAGGCAAUAGGGCCACUAUGAGCUGCCCAUGGUUCUGACUUCCCUGACCCUUGCUUAAAGAGAUGUGGCCUGACUCUAUCCCAGAGGUUGGCAACCUAAGGCCCAUGGGCCAGAAGCGGCCCAUGAGGGUCGCUUAGCCGGCCCAUGACCUGCCCCCAAACCCACUCGGCAAGUCCCCGCAUGCUGCGCUAAACCAGUGCGGCACAGGGACUCUCUUCCGCUGCUCUGGAAAUGGAUUCUGCGCACGCCCAGUUGCCGGAAAUCAUGUCUGCGCAUGUCCGCGGCACCAGAAAUCGCUUCUGCGCAGGCACGAUUUCCAGCAUCUGGGCAGGCGCAGACGCAAUUUCUGGCAUUGCGCUGUGCCGGUCCAGCCCAUGGAGAUCUCCAUGGGAGUGAUCCGGCCCAUGCCCAGUAAGUCUUAUCCCUUUCUUCUGAGAGCCUGCAGAACAGGAUGAGGGGAGGAAAGGCUACUGCUACAUAAAUACUUUAUAGUGGUGACAGUUACUCACCUCACCCAGUGUCCUUCUAGGAGGCAGGGUGCUGGCUGGAGCUGCAAGCACCAACAAAUAACUCCUUCCCCCAUGAAUCCCAGGGUUGGGGUCUACCAUUGUUGGUAAGGAAGCCCAUUGAACAGUGCUUUGCUGAGAACCUUCUCAGUCAGUAGAGCAUGAGAUUCUUAAUCUCAGGGUUGUGGGUUUGAGCCCCACAUUGGGCAAAAGAUUCCUGCAUUGCAAGGGGUUGGGUUAGAUGGUCCUCAUGGUCCCUUCCAACUCUACACUUCUAUAAUUCUGUGAUUAUCAUAUGCAUGAAUAUUCCACAGGUGAGUUUUGCCUAGAUCCAGGGAUUCCCAUUUGUAGUCCACACUUCGUCUGAAGAACUCAGGAUUAUCUUAUUAUAGACUCACAGAAUCCCAUGAAGAUGGUUAGUUUGAAAGACCCAGUGAUUUUCACUGCUAAGCACAGAGCAGAGAAGCCAAGCCUCUAUUCUUCACUUAAGACUGCCUAUCCAUUGUGAGGUAGGCCUCCAUAUACAGGCAAGGACUUUUUGUAUCUUAUUGCCUUUUUCAGCAGUCCUGCUUUAUGGCACUGCAUUUCCUCAAUUAUAGCAGUUUGCUACAGUUUUAUUUUGUGUUCUAUGUAUACACUUCUUUUAGGCAGCAAUUAGCUGCUGAAUCAUAAUUCAAUCAAUGAAUAUGAACAAGGAUGAAUCUGAGAUGUGCUAACAAAAGUUAGUAUUCUGCAGGGCUUUCUUUCCCAGCCAAAACUCAGUUCUGGCACCUCUCAGGUGGGUGUCAUUGCCAUUCUAAGAGAACAAGUUCUGGCACCUCUUUUUCUGGAUUUUUGUGUUUCAUCAAACAUGAUGUUUUACCUUGGAUCUUUCUCUAGUUUAAACUAGAAAAUAACAUGUCUGAGAGAUUUCAUGGAUCACAUUGCAAAAUAGGAUGCAUAAUGGAGAUCACCUUUUCUGCAGUGGUGUCUAGUAAGUGGAAGGUCCUGGGAGGUCAGAUUGUCUCCCUCAUUUUUGUAUUCUGCCAUUGAUUGAAAAUUUUCUUGUUUUAGCCAGCUGUCUGAUCACUGCUGCUUACAUUUCCUUGGGAAUACUUGUAGAAUUCUAAUACUGUCUAACUCUCUGUUGGUUGUUAUUUUGUCAAUGUUUUAAUCUGCUCUUUUGAUAUUUUCCUGUAGUUGUUCUGAUUGGAGAAUUGAUACUAAAUAAACUUGGCGUUAAACUUUCAAAGAAUUGUGUCAUAAACAAUCAAAACAAGUCUCUGUGCCUUUGAGUGCUCAAGGCACUAUCACAUGAUGAAGAACGGUGUCCUGAAAAUGCCCACAAGCUCUCAUUCCAACAUCAUUCCUCUUCCCUCCCCCUCCCCAUUUCCUUUUCUGCCAUGUCUUCUAGAUUGUAAGCCUGAAAGCAGGAGCUGCAUUAUUAUUUAUUGAUUUGUAGGCCAUUCUGGAAGCCUUUCCAUCUGUAAAGUCAGCAAUAAAUGAUUUAAAUAAAAAUCAAUAAAUUCUUUAAUCUUCAAGCUAGAUAUGACAUUAGUUCAUGUGCUUGCUUUUUUCAAUAAAUGUUCUUUCCUUGAGCACAGAAUUGCUUCCUGGAAAUUCAUACCAGAUUUCAUUCAUGAUAUCUCAGUGUUAUGAACUAAUGCUGCACAGGCAAGUAGGUGAAUUAAACCAAAAGGUCUCACUUAUCUCAGCCAGUUAGUUUCUGGGUAAUUGCAGGAAUUUAUUAGAUGCUUUGCUGCUCUCAGGGACGUGGGUGGCACUGUGGGUUAAACCACAGAGCCUAGGACUUGCCGAUCAGAAGGUCGGCGGUUUGAAUCCCCACGACAGGGUGAGCUCCCAUUGCUCGGUCCCUGUUCCUGCCAACCUAGCAGUUCGAAAGCACGUCAAAGUGCAAGUAGAUAAAUAGGUACCACUCCUGCGGGAAGGUAAAUGACGUUUCCGUGCGCUGCUCUGGUUUGCCAGAAGCGGCUUAGUCCUGCUGGCCACAUGACCCAGAAGCUGUACGCCGGCUCCCUCAGCCAAUAAAGUGAGAUGAGCGCCGCAACUCCAGAGUCAGUCACGAUUGGACCUAAUGGUCAGGGAUCCCUUUAUCUUUACCUUUGCUUCUCUCACAUGGCAUGGUGUGGAAAGAGGGGUGGUCCUAAGGUCCUGCAGCCCUUGCAUGGUAGCAGAAUGCCAAUGGCUGGUUUGCUAGGGUAGGAAUGGGAAACCUGCUGCUCUCCAGCUGCUGUAUUCCAACUCCCAUCAGCCCCAGCCAGCAUGGCCAAUUGCCAGAGAUGGUCAUUAUGGGAUGUUGUAUACCAGCAUCACCUGGAGGGCCACAGGUUCCAAAGCCCUUUGCUAGUGUCCUUUUAUUUCCCCUCUGAUUUGUCAUUUCCCCACCGGCAGGAACUAAAGGACAAAAUGGCAGAGCUGAUGCCACUUAUCCCUGUGCUGGACCAGUACAAGUCAGACACCCGCACCAUCAUGCAGCUGAAAGAAGAAGUGAGGAACCUUUCGGGCAGCUUGCUGCAGAUCCAGGAAGAGAUGGGAGCCUAUGAUUACGAGGAGCUCCAACAGCGUGUGCUGGUCCUGGAAGCUCGCUUGCAUGCUUGCAUGCAGAAGCUAGGUGGGUACUUUUGUGGGUCCUCUUCUCUCUUCCUCUAUGGACUGAUUCACAAGCCACCCUCUAAGUGAGGUGGUAGAUGUAUUCAAUCCUCUUUUUGCCUGUUAUUGCAGAGUUUGGGAACUUGGGCUCCUGCAGACAUUGUUGGACUAAAACUGACCAUUGCCUAAGUUGGCUGGGGUGAUGGUGGGUGAAAGCCAACGACCUCUGAAGACAAACAGGGUCCUCAUCCUUGCUCUGGAGGAGUGUUCUUCAACCUCAAGGAUGGGGAUGAUGGAUGAGGAUGGGGAUGGGGAUGGUGGGAGUUUUAGUUCAACAAGGUCCAGGGAGUUCAGGCUGAGGAACAAUGUUCUAAUGCCUUUGCCACUCUGGGAGAGCUGUCCCCAACCCUACCAUAGAAUUGCUCUUGUUUGUAAGACAAAGGAUAGUUGUUGCUCAUGCUUCCUAUUAUGGCUAAGAAAGAAAUGGCAGCUUAGAUUGUCUCAGCAAGAGAGUAGUGGCUAUUUUAAUCUUUUCCAUGCCAAUAUGUCUGAAGAACUUUCCCUGCUAGUUUAGGCAAAAUGUCUGCCUGGUCCAGCACCCUCUUUCUAACAGUAGCCAAUCAGGUGCUUCUGUAAAACUUUCAAACAAGGGAUGAGGACAAUAGCCCCCUGCUUUCCUUUGUAUUCAGCAUCUAGUUCUCAGAGGCAUACUAUUCCUGAAAAUGGAGGCUCCAUUGUCUGUUGAUAGAACUUUCCCAUACCAUCUUGCCAAAUGAGGAGCCACUGUCCAAGUCAAAGAUUGAAGGGUGAAAGUAUUUCUCCCCUGCCAUAUCCGCAUUGCAGUCUGCAUGUAAAAGUCCCUCACAGAACUGAGUGUGGAAGGUAGAUUUCCUUAGGGAAUGUUAUUAACUUCCCCUGGCUUUAGAGUUGGAACAUCCAAAAAAACAGAGCUGAGACAGGUAAAGCACCACAUCCUGAGAUACUGACAUUUUAUCAACCUCAGAUUCUGGCAAGACAUACAGAUUGCCCCACAGGAACUGGCAAUUAGAUCUGUUCAGGCACAUUCAAGGUAUUUGUCUGAUUUUCCCUGGAGGGAAAAUUCAGUCGGAGGAGAGCAGAGCUUUGAACUGGGAUCCUGGAAUCUGGAGAAAAUGAAGGCACUUUGACAGCACUUUGCACGCAGAUUUGUUUGUGAGCUGUUUAUCUGGUUUACAGAUUAAGCAGACUGAGAGCUCGCCAGCUCUGAGCUGCAUGUGGGUGACCCGCUUCCUCUCUCUGCCUUGCAGCAGAGUUGAGGUAGGAAAACUCAGGCUCUGUUAUUAUCGAUGUUGUUACAGCAGUCAUUGUGCGAUGACACUUUACAAGCUUGAAUAAAGUAAUGCCCUAUUGUAAGCUUGGAAAACUUUAACACUAGGAGAAUGAUAACACAUAUAUCUGUAACAAUAUGAAGAGCAAAGGGGAGAGAAAAGACACCUGGCUGAAAACGGAAGCAUCAGCCAAGUGCAUUUUCUCCUAAGCCUGAAUUUCACAGCCUGCAAUCAAGCCAAAUAACAGACAACAGGAGUGCACCCCAGCGAUCGAGAGGACGGCAAAUGCAUUUAAUAAAGAUGAACUAAGCACAGCAUGUAUCAAUCCACUUCCCUACCAGCCAGAGCAAUGGAGCUAUUUUCUGUGCCUCCUCCACCUCCUCUCCCCUCCUCACUUGUUGUCAGCAUUGGAUACCACUUGGCAAACCUUUCUGGAGCCAUUUUUUGUGUCUGCAGAGUUGCCUGUUCCUUGCACUGCUUUUGGCUAAAUGUUGGAGGAAAACUGGUCCUCCCUUUGCACCUUAGCAACCAAGACCUGAAGUGGAAGGCUACACCCAGAUGAGCAAAAGCCUGUCAUUGGAUGGGAGGGCAUCCAGGCUCUCACUACCAGACAUAGAACUCAUACUCCCAGCUUGGUUUCUGCCAGAGACUUUAAUGCUUAAAUCAGUGCAGGUACAUGAGCAAGGCAUGGUUACAAGGUAUACCAGGUGCGCAAGAGGAUUAGGUACUUGGCUAGGUGUAUGCUGAGUUGUUGAUCCAACAGGCAGUGGUGUAGCAUGUGUUGGCAGCACCCAGGGUAGGGCAAGGAUUGCGGCUCCUAACCCCCUUGCAGGCAUUGUUCGGGAGGCAACAUGCAGACUUGGCUGCGCCUUCAGUGGCUGCUGCUCAUGGAGAUUGCCUGCUAGUGGCCACGUUUGCCCUCUCAGCUCAGUGAGCUCCCAGCAGGAGUAGCAGCUGGUCUCCUUGGUGGGCUUAGCAGCUACACAAGUCUAAGAGGAGGGACACAGAGAGCAGGCUGAGGCACCAAGUGCAGCUCUUCCCUGGCCACCUGUCCUGGUCAUGUAGUGUGUGGGCUGGUGCUGGUGGGUCCUGGGCAAGCAGACAGCUCUCCUCUCUGUGCUCCCUCUGUGAGGUGUGCACUUCACCGAAGAACACAUACUGGGACGGAGACCCUGGGGAAGAACUGGUGCAGGCCAGGAAAAGUCAGGGCUCCAGCCAGCAGGAAUUCCACCUGGGGUGGAACAUCCCUUUGCCUGUUAGGAGAAGGGGAUGCCACCACAGCCCCAAAGGCCUGGCCCAGCGCAGCUCACCUACCCGCAGCUCUGGAAGGUGGCAGUCAUGUCGCCUUGGCAAAGGGAGCCUGUCGUGGGGGUGCCAGGUUGUGCCCCCUCAGAAUUCUGCACCCAGGACCACAGCCUCCCUCACCCCCAUGCUACGCCCCUGCCAACAAGCAAUAUGCUGGCUGCACCUUCUAUUUGAAGGAGAGGAAGACAUGGCACUUAGCAUGGCAACAAACUGUGCCCCAAGACUGGGCAAGGAAGCAGGUACUUCUCUGAGUGGGGUGAGCUUGUAAGGUCUAUUCAUGAGGUGGAGCAGCUUAGCAUCUGAUUUGCUCUCCAUAGGCUCCUUCUCUGAAGGGGGCUCAUCCCUGACAGGGGGAGGCACUGGGGGCAGUUCUAUGUCAGGAGGGAUCAGACUAGGGGUGUCCAGUUGCACCAGAGUAGAACAAUCCUCUGCUACCCCAAUUGGCUGGAUCAAGCUCAUCAUAUUACACACUGCUGCCAAUCCAUUUCCUGGAUUUCUUUGGGUCUUGCCAACACUUCCUCCAUUCCAGUAAGACUCCACCUCUCUGAUCUCCACCCAUUAUUCCUCAAGAUCAGACUACCUCCUUCAUGACACUUUCAUAUGGGGCUCAUGACAGAGAGUACCCCAGCCUCAGAAGCUCACUUAUGACAGAAAAUGAGGAAAUCAUACAUCUGAAUGUUCCCCCACAGGUAUAAAUUUCCCACUUGUGAAGAGAUGCCAGAGAGAAAUCUAGGUUAAAACCUUCUCUCUCCCUGGGCAGGAAGUUCUUCCCGUGAAGGAACUCCUCCAGCUGCACUUGGAAGUGGAACAGCCCAGGAAGGGCUGUACCACAUACUGAUGCUGCAUGUUUGAGCCGGAUGUAAUGUGGGUAAUGUUUAUAGAACCUUUAUAAAGGGCAAAGACAGUUCUGUGUGCUGAAAUCUAAAUGCAACCCAUGGGUAGUAUCUGGAGCAAAUUCUUUCCUCUAUUAGCUGCUACACCAUAUGUUUUUCUUUUCCAGGCAGCAGCUGCCGUGAGCUCUCUUGGGCUCGUGAGCUCAGACUGUUUUGCUGCACUGCUGAUACCUUGCGAAUAAUAAUCUGGGUGUCAUGUGGGCCUUACUGCUGUGCUGAACAGAAAAUAAAAGAUGCAGAGCUGUCAGAAUAUCACUAGGGUGCACUUAUCAGAGGGGCAAUUCAGAUGAGUCGCCACACAUCCAGCUUGCAAUGCAUCUCACGUUUACCACAUUACUGCAAAGUGCUGGGAAAAUGGGUGGAAGAGAAUCCGCAGGGCAAAUGUGCAUCUUCAUUUGCGGCCUGUGGGUUCUGCUGCUGAUUCAGUGGUAUGGUUGCUUAACCAAGAGCUGAAUUAUCACAGAGCAUACAGUGCACAGUCUGGACAUAUUGAACUCAUUCAAAUAUGUCAUUGAAGAAUUCUGAAUGCUUUUGGAAUUCAACUUUGAGAGGCUGUGGUUUUCUAAAUUGGAAAAAAAAAAUGUUUUGUUCAAGUUAAGCCAACAGUGUUGAUCAUGCAGUAAUAUCAGUGCUGAAGUAAGGCUCGGGGGGGGGGGGUUGAGCAGGAACUCAGGGGAACUGAGUUCCCUUAACCUUUUAAAAUUAAAUAUCCCCCCCCCCCCCGUGGGGGCUGGAAUGGAUAUACACCCAAUGCCUGAGCCAAAAAUCCAUCUAAAUUUGUAAUCAAUAAAGUUGUGGCCUUUUCUAAUCCAGACGAUUGCCUGCUUGAGUUUAUUAAUCAUUCACAUUUAGCCACUGCACGGGGGGUGGGGGGUGGGGUGGCACUGCAAUUGGGCCCAAACAAACUUUUGUCCCCUCACAAAAGAACAGUGAUUUGUCCAGGGCUGCCCAUGGAUCCCAUAGCCAAAGAGGAAUCUGAACUCAAGACAAAAAUCUUCCUGGUGGGCCACAUUGUUUUUCCUUGGCCAAUGAGACCUGCUUCCAGCUUUUCCCUUCUCACAUGUCCUCUAAGCCUCUCAUCCCUCUCUGUUUUGUACUUCAGGGUGUGGAAAGCUUACAGGGGUAAGCAACCCCAUCACCAUCCGGGCAUCAGGCUCCAGAUUUGGCUCUUGGAUGACGGACACCAUGGCCCCAAGUUCUGACAGCCGGGUGAGUGCAUGAGAGACAAAAUUCCCCUAGGCUCACUUACUUAGAAUCAAGGAUGAAUUGCUCUCAGGAGACUCUGGAGCUGCUCGUAAGUGGGGUUGCUGGCUUGUACGUCAACAGCCCACAACCCAGAAGGUUAAUGUUUUGUUUAAACCUAGCACAAAUAUAAAUUAGACUGAACUCACAGAAUUUCCCCAGGUUAUUUGAUUUUAAUGAGUGAAACCUGACUAAAUAAGCACAAAACCUUCUAAGUUUUGAGACUGUACCAAACACAUGGCAUAAAGUCAUCUGUCCGGAUUGUAGGAUAGAAGAUUAGCAAAAGGCAGAGGGGAGAAAAUGGUGCUAAUGAACAGGGGAAGGGGCGUGGCUCAAGGAUAGAGCAUCAGCUUUGCAAGAUUGGAGGUUUGAGCCUUAGCAACUCCAGGAAAGGCCGAGAGAGAUUCCCAGUCUGAAAUCCUGAAUGCUGCUGCCAGUCAGUGUAGACUAUACUGAGCUAAAUGGACCAAUGGUCUGACUCUGCAUAAAGCAGCUUCCUAUCCUCCUAACAUCUUAGAAGAGAGAAGGAGAACUCUUGCCACUGUUGUAAACAAAAGCUGCCCUUUUUCCCUUAUGGGGUAUCCAAGAGCCCAUAUAGAGUCCUUACGUGGGCUCCCUAUUGGUAGGAGAAAAUAACAGAGACCAACCAGAGAAUAUUGAGAAGCAAAGCAGCUAGUAAGCCUGAUCUUUAUUGAUCUGUUGCAACCGGGUGCUCCCCUCACACACAGAAAAGGAGGAGGACCCAGAACAAAGGUGUGCCUGCCCUUAUAUAGACAUUUUAAAUUCCCUGUCCUGGAGCCCAAGACCACCCCUCCAUACAUCAUAUUUACAUCAGAGAAAAGGCGGUCUACAACAGAAAUUUGAAUGUUGUUGUUUUUCCUCUCUGCCAGGUUAUCUGAUAAUGCCUUAUCUAAUUGCCUUUCCUGGUAGUCUGGCCAUUCCUUUGAAAUGGUGAUUACCCAAUUCCUGUAACAAGGAAGGUUUUUUCACCUCCUCUCUCCUUGCAGAGAAACAUUUGGUCAGCUUGGGAGUCAAAAUGGUUUCAGGACUGUCUUCCUGUGCGGCUUCAGACAUGUGGUUUAUAUAUUUAUGUACGUGUUUGCUUGGUACAUUUAUGAACAUUUAUUAUAUAUCUAAGACCAUAAAAUUCUUAUAACACCACCACUUGACAUUGGACUUGGACUUAGAGGUGGGGUACGGGAGUAUUAUGCUCUACUACUUCUCAUAGUAAUCUCAAGUGGCCCAGAACCCCUUUCCUUUUCUGUUCCUCAGAUUAUUCUGGUGGUGGGCUGGAGUCACAGCCGCACCGUAUAUUUAAAGCACUUUUAUGCCACUUGUACAGGCGUGGUUCCCCCUGUGGUGUAGUGGUUAAGAGCGGUAGUCUCGUAAUCUGGGGAACCGGUUCGCGUCUCCGCUCCUCCACAUGCAGCUGCUGGGUGACCUUGGGCCAGUCACACUUCUUUGAAGUCUCUCAGCCCCACUCACCUCACAGAAUGUUUGUUGUGGGGGAGAAAGGGAAAGGGAAAUGUUAGCCACUUUGAGACUCCUUCGGGUAGUGAUAAAGCAGGAUAUCAAAUCCAAACUCCUCCUCCUCCUCCUCCUCCUCCUCCUCUUCUUCCCUUCCCAAAAAUCCUGGGACCUGUAGUUUGGGACCUGUAGUUUAAGGGUGCUGUGAAUCAUAGCUCUGUGAGGUGUAAACUACAGCUUCCAGGAUUUAAAUUACUAACACCCUUGGUUCCCCACCCCCCAUCCUAGAACUUGUGGUCUGAUAAGGGUGGUGCAAAUUAUAACAAUGAAGAAGAAGAGUUUGGAUUUGAUAUCCCGCUUUAUCACUACCCUAAGGAGUCUCAAAGUGGCUAACAAUCUCCUUUUCCCUUCCUCCCUCACAACAAACACUCUGUGAGGUGAGGAGCAAACUACAGUUCAGAAUUUUUUGUGGGGGAGCUAUGGUAUAAAUGUGCUUUAAAUGUAUGGUGCGGACAUAAAUUGAGAGGGGGAAAUGGCCUAGUGGCUCAGCAGUGGAGGUAUUGGGCUGGAUUGAGAUCUUAUCUCAACUGAAAAGGUGAAAGAUUUAUACAAUCUGUUGAGUAGUCAGAGGAUUAUCUCUUAUCUUUCCACCUUCCCAAUGCAUCCCCAAUUAUCAACCUUUUUGUAAAAGAGGGUUUGGGAGUGGCCUGGAAAACAGAGCUUCCUCCUGUCUAAAAGGUAAAGGUAAAGGGACCCCUAGCUCUUUUUCCUGGUCACACCAAAAGCUGACAGAGAAGCUGGCUGUUUAAACAAACACACACAGUUUUCCAACAUAAGUAUGGGAUGACUAAAUCAGCAUCUUUUAUAACUUAAUUUACAUUGGUUUUGCAGUUCAGCUUAAUUGAUGCUCUGAGAAAUGUACGGGUUUGAAAGUGGCCAAUGUGGUCCCUAGGAAGUUCAGAAUCCCUAUUGUAGGCAAAAAUUGAAAAAUGGGAUAGCAGAAAUGUUAACGGUUGGAAAUUAGUCUGGUAAUAAGAAGCCUAAGCAUAGGAGAGAGAUGAAUAGUUUUUAAACUCCCAUGUAUGUGAAGCCGAUUAAGUGAUGUUGUGUGGCUGUCCCUGUGCUCCUCUAGGAGACAGGGCAGGACUACAAUCUUAGUGUCAUCAUUUAUCAUGAGAAUUAUAGUAAAUUGAGUAUAAUGAAAAUUAUGAGUAAAAGAUUUUCCGCUGAAUUUGAAAUUUAAUUUAUCUGCUGAAACUUAAUUUGUCUCUCCAGUUUCAUGUGAGAUUUAUAGCACGGGAUUUGCAGAAUUAAAAAUAUACCAUCCCUUGCAGCAUUUAAACUGGAAACUUAUUGCAGUGGCUUGGGUCUCUCCCACACACGCGAGACGACUCCGGCACUUAAUUAUUCCAGAUUUAUUAGUCAAAUCAGAAGGUCCCAUUCGGAGCUCCACUAAUCUCCGUCAUCCUCAGAAAGCAUAGUUGCCCCCUUUUCCCCUGACAGGAAAACCCCCACCUUCUCUUCCUUUCCUGUUUGUGUCUCUUGGGCAGUCUCGUGAGUCUACGAGAUUUUGGAGAGGGCACUCCCUGCACCCCUGUGCCUGUGUCCCUGUGUCCAGAGAUCAAGUUCCGGCUGCUCCCUGCUGCUUCCCUCUGCAUCCCACUCUUGCCUGUUCUCUCUCUAGGCCUGCCUUCUCAUUCCCUGUCAGUGAAGGAACGGAGCAGACACUUACAUAUAUUGAUUAAGGCUGCCCCAGCAGGCUGAGUUCCCCUUUUUAUCUUCUACAAAAUAAUCAGGCAACAGACUGUAUUGCAAACAUGAAAAAUGUAACAUUUGCUUACAUAAUAGUCUUGCUCAGGACUCAGCAGAGAGCAAUUAGAAAUACAAGACAGCAAAGCUACUUCUAAAUUACUUUUAAAAUACGUUGUUGAGAUUGAAGAUGUCGCUUGGGCUUGGGAGAGCACAGACCUUGCAUAGUAUUCCUAUAGCUGCAUGACGAGAAAAAGACUGUUCCUCAGGUGGGAGGAAGUUCAAAAGAUUAAGAGCCAUUAUAUUUUUCCUGCUUGUGCAAAAGUAGAGGAUGUUACCUCAUAAAGUGCCCUCUAGGAAUUCAGGAGCCCUAUGAGUCUUAAACCCUUCAUAUUCCUGUUUAGAAAAACAUAUUGGUCCUUUUGAGUGAAGCUUUCCUCACAAUUCUGUGGUCUUAGUUAUUUGGGUCAAUCAGAAGACCUGUCUUGAGGAUUAUUCCACUUGGUGGAAGGGGGGUUGAGUAGAUGACAAUAUGGUACCUUCCAAUUUUAUAAUUCCAGUGUAUCGUUCUGCUUGCUUCUUUGUCUUUCAAGUUACAUGUAAAAGAAGCUUAUCUCCAGUUCAUACAAGAACAUGUGAAUGAGGUUCACUAUGGUCAGUAAUCUCUGGGUGAAUGUGUAGCAGCUGAGGGUUCCAACAGCUGUGAUAGCUACCUGCACUACCUCUCACUACUAGUUCACUUUCCCUCCUUGCUGGGAAUUGGGCAGGAACUUCCUUAUAGUCUCCUCUGCUGCUUUGAGCCCAAGAAGAAUCUAGAUGUUGUGGUGGUGCAAAAACAGGGUUGGAAGGGAGCAGCUGUUCAAACCUCUAGCUCAUGGGUAGGCAAACUAAGGGCUGGGGGCCAGAUCCGGCCCAAUCGCUGCCUAAAUCCAGCCCUUGGACGGUCUGGGAAUCAGUGUGUUUUUACAUGAGUAGAAUGUGUCCUUUUAUUUAAAAUGCAUCUCAGGGUUAUUUGUGGGGCCUGCCUGGUGUUUUUACAGGAGUAGAAUGUGUGCUUUUAUUUAAAAUGUACGGUAUCUCUGGGUUAUUUAUGGGGCAUAUAAAUUCAUUCAUUUCCCCCGCCCCUCCAAAAAAUAUAGUCCGGCCCCCCCACAAGGUCUGAGGGACAGAGGGACCGGCCCACUUCUGAAAAAGUUUGCUGACCCCUGCUCUAGCUGCUACAAUCACUUGGAGACUUCUCUUUCAUGGGCUCCUAUGUUAACCGAGGCUUAAUGUGAAUUUCAGUCAAUACAAGCCCUUAUAAACUUUUGCAGGAUCACAUAUUCCCAGUUUUCAAGGACUUGGCAAAGUCCUGUGGCUCCAUAGAAAAAUGAUUUAUUGAGAAGAAAUCCAAACAGGCUCCCUUCCCUUCCACCCCAGCUCUGCAGAAGAGACCAAGGAGGGGAACUUCGUCUGAUCAUCCUCCAAGUGUGAAAUCAGUCUUGCCCACCUCUUGCUAUCACAAUGCGUCUUCAGUUAUUAAAACUACUCGAGCGUUUGAUCAGCAGAAAAAGAGUGAAAAUGUGUUUUAACUCUGUAAAUUAAAGGAGAGAAAACAUUUAAUAAAACCAGCAUAAAUCAUCCAUAAAGGUUGGGAUAUGUUUACUCAGUCUUUGCAGUUGAGCUUUUUGGCAUGAUAAAGCAGAGGGAAACAAGUGGGAGACAAAAUUUGGAUGGCAGAAAGCCCAUGAUGAAUGAGUUACUUGGCCAGAGUUUACAAGCAGCAUUCACAGACUCCGUAUCUUCAGUUAAUAGAGCAUAGGUAACAGAAUGGGCUUGAUAGCCCAAUCAUCUGAUUCAAUACAAGCAGUGGAGCUGGGGGGAUGUAUGUAUGCAUUGGUGGCUGGUGCCCAUUGAGACUGGUUGGGCAGAAAAUCAACAGUAGGCAAAACCAGUAAUGGGCAGAGCCAACUAAUUCUAGUUUGUCUCCAUCCUCCUCCCAGCUGAGACGAAGGAAGUAGAAGCUGACAGUCAGUGCCAACCUCCAGGAUUGGUUGUAAACUGGUGGAGCAGCACCCCAUUUGGCCCAAUGGGACCUUGAGACCCCAAGCCACACAUUGCCCUCAUGGCUAUGAGGUGGUCAGCUUGGUUACCAUUUUUCUCUUGAAAAGUACAUAGAGCUGAAGGGGAAAGCUGGAAGAGUGACAACCUUCCCCACUUCCACUUCCAGUUUCAGCUCCAUGUGCUUUUUCAAGACUCAGAUUAAUUCUUCUGGAUAUGACUUUUCCCCAGAUCCAUUGGAAAAGUGAUGUGUUUGUGCACACUUUCUCUCUUUUAUGAUCUGGGGAGGGGAAUUAGAAGUGACCAGAGUGAGUAGUAGCCAUGGCACUUGCUCAAAAAUAAAAUGUACCCAUGGGCUUAAUAAUACAGGUUGGCAGCCCCGGGAUUCCAGGGUGUGAGGAUGAAGGAAUCCAGACUAGCUUUCUCCAAGAGAUGCUGGUUCUCUGUACUCUAGAAUGGCAUGCUCCAAAAAGGGUUGUAUCACAUGAUUUUAUUUCCUAAAUAUAUAGAUUAUCAUCAAGAACAUUGCAGGUAUUCUGCAUAAGGACAGGCUAACCAUAUAGCUGACUGGGCAGUCUACCCAUAGACUGGUUGGUAGGGGACUUAUGUCCCGGACCAAUGCAUGUUGGAAUUCAUGAAGACAGAUCUCCCAUGGGUGCAAUGGCUGAGUUGUGGCCAGUAGCCCAGAUCACUUUAGUCAUGGACAUAGGCUAGGGAUCACAUGGAAUCUAGGCUUCGUGUCCAACUUCCACUGCCAUCUCAAAUUCAUGUCUGUCUUGGCAGUGUAAAUACCCUAGGAUGAAGGGGACACCUUGUAAAUACUAGCUGCAUGGAAACCACAGGAGAGGAGAAUGCUGUUGUGCUCAAAUUCUGCUUGUGGGUUUCCCACUGGUAUCUGGUUGGCCACUGUGAGAACAGGAUGCUGGAUUAGGUGGGCUAUCGGCCUGAUCCAGCAGGACUCUUUGUAUGUUCUUAUCACCCAGAUGAGUCACAAAUGAAGCCCCAGAACUGGAAUGUCAAAAUAGUCUAAACUAAGAGGAUACACCAGUCCUUGGAAGGAGAAGGCAAGAUAGAAAUGUGAUCAGUAACUGGGAAGUUACAUGAGAGACUGGAUUCCUGGUUGAACUGGAAUUUGAAAAGGGUUUCCCUUUAGGCAGAGCUGGCCACACUGUCUACUACCCUACAUAGCCUCUUUGGAUUUAACCAGCUCUCUCUUGAGAUAUUUCCACCAGGAAAUAUUCUAUAACUAUUCUAAAACCUGACAUAUGUAACAGUUAAACAAUAACUCCAGGUUUCAGGGAACUCUCAGCAAGUGCUCCUGUUGGACCCCCUCCAACAUUGGUGGGCCCCUUGCCACUAUCAACUGCAGUAGGUGUCUCUGAGACACCAUUUAAAAUUUCCCACAGUGCCCCUGAAGCAAGUGGUGCUCCAGAGCAGUCUUUUCCAACCUCAUGCCUUCCAGGUGUUGUUGGACUACAACUCCCAACAUUCAUGGUCAUUGAGCAGGGCGGCUAGGACUGAUAAGAGCUGGAGUCCAGCAACACCUGGAGGGCACCAGGUUGGGAAAGGUUGCUCCAGGGCAUUAUGGGGAAUUUAAAAUGGUGGUUCAUUGACCUAGCAUUAUGAUCACAGGGGAGGAAUUAACACUGGUGGAUCCCCAGCAGUUAUCUGAGGGAGGUGGGAGCUGAGGCGGCUAAUUUUAAUGAUCAAGUCAAAUGAUCAAGCUGCAAACCAUAGUUUUUGCACUCUCAGUCUUCAGUCCCAUCCGAUUAACUUCUGGUGAUAAUGUAAACUUUCUCAGUGUCUUAUUUCUAGUUGACAGUUGGCUCCAGGGGACUUAGAAAGCAUGCGUGUUGUAUGUCUGGCUGUAUCUCUCCCCCUCCCACUAUGCCUUUCCUUUUGAGUGAAUUAUAUUUUAAAUUUCAAAAGGUAGCCCUGAGCUUUGGAGAGAAAGAGAGGAGGGGAGGGGGAGGGAUCCAGUUUAGGCACCAAACACAGCUAAUCCGAUGCAGGGAGAUGUCAGCUGCUCCAUCAAAUGGGCUUAAUUGUUUAAAGAAGAAUGAAAGGGGAAGAGAAAGGCACAGAUCCCUGGGGCUGCUCUGCUGAGCCCCAGUGUUAGGCAGAGAGCAAAGAAGCCUCCGGCAAAGUUUAUACACUCAAGGCUUCCUGUCUCCUUUGCCAAUGUUUGAAGCAAACAGUGGAGCUCUCCAAUCUGGCAUCUGGUCAGGGCCUGUGAGAGCUGAUGAUGAGCAUGUUAAUGGUCUGGACCAAUUGUGCAGCUGACAAUGAGCUGAGAUUGGAAGGAUGUACUGCUUGGGCUUCAAAAGUGCUUGCCAUGUUGCUGUGAUGCAGAAGGCAAAGGGCAUUUGCAGGGGACUGCCAUUGGGUCCCACUAGCUAACUGCCCCUUGCAACCCUUGCUACCAGGUUCUUUUUCACCAUCUCCCACCACAAGCUUAUUCUCCGAAGGAAAAACACAGAGAGAGCUAUGAAGGCAAGCUACAGUGAAAGACUCGGCAAGCAAGGAGAGGGUUAACUCAGCUUGUGAUCAGUGCUUGUGCUGACUGCCCAGAGGUCACAUUUCAGAGAUGGUUGCCAUCUUGCAUGUGGCACCAAGGGCAGUUGAGUAUCCUAUCUGGAAGGAGGAGCUUGCUCCACAGAUGCACCAGUGUCCUGUGCUGGAGCAAUCUCGUGCACCCUCUGGGGAUCAGAGGGAGAGAAAGAAGGCCUUGAUCUGGGUCUGCACAAUGCCUGGGGCCUUUUCCAGUGAAAUGGUCUGCGCAUGGGGUGCGACAAAAUCUUAGAGCAGUAAAAUCUUAGAUACCAGUAGUAUAUGUGAAAAGGAUCUAGGGGUCUUGGUGGACCACAAGCUUAACAUGAGUCAGCAGUGUGAUGCAGCAGCAAAAAAAGAGCUAACACUAUUCUAGGCUGCAUCAACAGAAGUCUAGUGUCCAGAUCAAAGGAGGUCAUAGCCCCACUCUCUUCGGCCAUCUGCCAUGGUCAGACCACACUUGGAAUACUGUGUCCAAUUCUGGGCACCACAAUUUAAGAGGAAUGUUGACAAGCUGGAAGGUGUGCAGAGGAGAGCAAAGAAAAUGAUUAAGGCUUAUGAGGAACAGUUGAGGGAGCUGGAUAUGUUUAGCCUGGAUAAGAGGAGACUGAGAGGAGAUAUGAGAGCCAUCUUCCAAUAUCUCAAGGGCUGUUACAUGGAGCAAGCUUGUUUGCUCCUGCUCUGGAAGGUAGGACUUGAACCAAUGGCUUCAAGUUACAAAAAAGUAGAUUCCAACAAAACUUCAGGAAGAACUUUUUGACACUAAGAACUGCUCAAGGUACCCCUGUGGAAGCAGUGCAGAGAAAGAUACAACCAGAGGGUGGAGUGUGAAGAAGGAACCAGGGGAAUGACUGCAGAUACUAGAAGUGUGCAACAACCACAGGAUUGCAAAGCAUUGAGCAGCAAUGCUCUGCCUUCCAGGCUUCUAACUAAUCUGGUUCCCCAAGGGGUGGAGCUGAAGUUUUAACUGUUUGUGUGCUGUCUGCAGCUUUGCUUCCCAUUUGCUAUUGUUGCAGAGCACUUCUGAUCCUUCAACUGGCCCAAGUGUGGCAGUUCUAGCAGUUUUUCUCAACCUUGCAUGAAAAGCUGCAUGAAUCGAAAUUCUUUUUUCUACACAGCUGCUGUACAGAAGUGCAAUGAAGGGUUUCCUCCUUUGUGCCUGGGGGCACCUUCCCCAUGCAAAGGCCAUGCUCCCAGCCUCUUCCCUCACCUGCUGCAUUCAGGGAAUACAUUGCUUUAGGAACAGGCACCUCUGGCCAUUUGGGUCUCUCAACUACUGCGUUCUUCAGUUAUGUUCUCCACAUUUAAAAAGUACUCAUGAAAAUUCAUGAGCCUUUUAGUGCUUUUAGAGCCUUUUCUAAUACACACAUUUUAGCAUGCAACUUUUGUGUAAUAAACAGUACCCAUCUUUGCUAGCAGUCUAAUGCAUUUGAUGUAUUCUUUUUGCUAAUCCAUAAGCAUUUUUAUGCACACUUUCUGCUAAAUGAUGCAUUUUUGGACAUAUUUGGCUGGAGACUGCACUGCAAAAUUUAAGGAUGGGGGGGAUGUAGGCCAUAGGAGCCAACUCUUCAGCCCCCCCCCAUAAAAUAUUUGAGGCAGCCAAGCCAUCUGAAGUUGAUGGGCAUUGCCAUUCAAAUGGUGUGCAUGCACCACAUCAUGUGAUCGAUUAUGCAGGGUGAGGCUUACCUGCCCCCCCCCAAUAUUUUAUUCACUUUCUUCCUCUUCUCUAAGAUGAUAAUACUAACAAUAGUACUAGAAAAUGAUGGGUGCUGCUGCCAGUGGCCAUACCAGAAAAAUGAGGGGCUCAGAAGGGCAAAUUUUAUUUACAGGUAGACAAAUUGUGGUGCUGUGGUUUAAACCACAGAGCCUAGGACUUGCCAAUCAGAAGGUCGGCGGUUCAAAUCCCUACGACAGGGUGAGCUCCUAUUACUCGGUCCCAGCUCCUGCCAACCUAGCAAUUCGAAAGCACAUCAAAGUGCAAGUAGAUCAAUAGGUACCGCUCUGGCGGGAAGGUAAACAGCGUUUCUGUGCGCUGCUCUGGUUCACCAAAAGCGGCUUAGUCAUGCUGGCCACAUGACCCGGAAGCUGUACACCGGCUCCUUCGGCCAGUAAUGCGAGAUGAGCGCCACAACCCCAGAGUCGGUCACGACUGGACCUAAUGGUCAGGGGUCCCUUUACAUUUACCUUUAAGUUGUGUCCCGAAUGUUAUGAAAAAAUAAUAGUAUGCAUUAAGGACAGGAGUCUAGCAAUUGAGGAGGCAAUUGGAGAAGGGCUGUAUCCUUGGGGCUGGGGCAAUUUCCUCCCUCUGGCACUGCCAUGGCUCUUGCUGGUGUGCUUGAAGUGUGCCCUAAGUCUGGCUCUCAAAACACCCACCAGCUGAAGAAAAGUGGACUAUAUCGAGGUAGGCAGUCACCAAUGACCACAUAAGCACAGCCACAUGUUGUUAUGUGAAAUGUGACUUUUUGGAUGACAUGGUGUUUACAAGUGUUUCUGAUGAAACCAAUUAAUAAAGAGCUUUUCAAGAGCAUAUUAACACUUAGAACCCUGGAAGGAGAUCAACACCUUCCUUCAAGUCUUUUAACAGCGGCAUGGAUGGCAUUUUCGCCUGCCUCUUUAGGUGGCUUUUGCUUUCGAACCUUAGCUUCUAAUCGCCAGUUGAUUACUUAAUUGUGGACGGCAUGUGAAAAGUGCCCAUUUUUUAUGUAACCACCACUGCAAGGUGGGGAGACUUGUCCUUGCCCCCACCCUUACCUGCGCCUCCAACCACCCCAGUCCCACCAACAGCUGGAAUAAGGGGACUUUGUUAUCUUUCUGCCUGAAAGGCCAACCCAGAAAGGGUGUUGAUGGGGCAAAAUCCUGAUUUCAGAAAUGCAACUCCUCCUAAAUUCUACCUGCUCUGCUUUUGGUUCAGAACAUCCAAACGAGCUGCUUGGGAGGGCGCAAGACAUCUUCUGCACCCCACCUUUGAUGCUGCAGUGGGCAGAGCAGGGCGCCUCUUGCGAGCCGCCCCUUUGGAGUCUGAGGAAUUAGGGAAGGGGAGGCAGAAGCCCUUGCAGGACGCCCUUCCUCUGACUCCCCCACCCCACCCCACCUAAUGAGCCGCUGAAAGGGAGAAGGUUCCAGUGCACGGGGCUAGCGGGACUCUCCAAUUGGCCAGCUGCACCUCAAGACCCCCAUUCACUAAUAAAUUAGGAGUCAAAUUAAAUAGAGAGAUUACAGUGCCCUCUGGUCAUUUAAAGCAACACAUGUAUUAACUAGAAGCUUAAGAAAAGGAAAUGUGCCUGCUUUCUUCCAACAAGGGCCACCACUAGAAAGGCCUCUUCUUGCGCAUCUCCCUUGGGUGGGACACACAGAGAAGGGCUUCUGAUGAAGACCUUAGGGUCUGGGCUGGAAAUUUAAGUGGGGUAGAUGAUGCUCUCUUUUUUCCAUUUAGAUUUUCAGCUUUGGACCUCAAAAUACCUGUUCUUCCUAUAUAGCUACACUGAAGUGAUCUGGUACAGAGUAAUCUCAGCAGGGCCCAUUCUAAUGCCCCUUGUGCUCUUCCUUAGGUCUGGUACAUGGAUGGCUACUACAAAGGCCGUCGUGUCCUGGAAUACCGUACACUCAAUGACUUCAUCACAGGCCAAAACUUUGUCCAGCACCUGCUGCCUCAUCCCUGGGCUGGCACCGGCCACGUGGUCUUCAAUGGGUCCCUCUACUACAACAAGUACCAGAGCAACAUAGUGGUGAAGUACCAUUUCCGUUCACGGAGUGUGGUCGUGCAGCGCAGCCUCAACACCGCUGGCUACAACAACACCUUCCCCUACUCCUGGGGUGGCUUCUCAGACAUCGACUUCAUGGUGGAUGAGAAUGGGCUCUGGGCAGUCUACACCACCAACCAGAAUGCUGGCAACAUUGUAGUAAGCAGGAUGGACCCUGUCACGCUGGAGAUUCUCCGUAGCUGGGACACUGGCUACCCCAAGCGGAGUGCAGGUGAAUCCUUCAUCAUCUGCGGGACCCUCUAUGUGACCAAUUCACACCUGGCUGGGGCUAAGAUCUAUUUUGCCUACUACACAAACACUUCUAGCUAUGAGUACACAGAUAUUCCCUUCCACAAUCAGUAUUCCCACAUAUCCAUGUUGGACUACAACCCCCGGGAGAGGGUCCUCUAUACCUGGAACAAUGGCCACCAGGUCAUCUACAACGUGACUCUUUUCCAUGUCAUCAAGACUUCAGGAGAGUUAUAAUCCCAUAAGCAAAGAGGCCUCAACUCUCUCUCAGUUGUCAUUUUUGUUCAUUUUCUCUCUUAUCCUUGUGGGUUUGGGAGGUGGGGGAGCACUGCGGCCUGCAAACUCAGUGGCCUGGGAAAACACUCCGUGAUGCCAUUAUUUCUACAUAAUAAAGCAAACAGAUUUCUUCUUUCUCUUUCUCUCUCUUUCUCUCUUUUCUCUCUUUCCUGUGGUUGAUGACGCAUGGAUCUGGUUUGGGGCUUCUUUGGGGGGUGGCGGCUAUUUUUUAUUUUUUUAUUGAUUUUAUUUUAUUUAUUUACCGGUGGCAAAUAAAGACAAUCUCGUUGAGGUUA